AUGAUCGACGGGAGAACGCCCGCCCAAUCAGGAACGAGAGACUGGUCCCGCCUCCCGCGGCGCGACACCGGCCAAUCGCCUGGAGGGACCGGGCCGGCGCUCCCGCCCUUCGCUCUCGGCGCUUCGGCGGCGGCCAACGACAACCGAGCGAAGGUGCCUCCCUCCCUCCAAUGGGAGGCGCCCGUGUUAGUAACGGCGCCGCCAAUGGUAGCGAGAGUCGGAGUCCCUGGUAACGGAGCCGGGGCUGCGCCGGGCCGCCUCCAAAGCAUGUGGAGCUGCGGGGGGCGCCGGCGGCGGCGUCUCUUCGCGGGCGCCUUCCUGCUGGUGUUGGCCAUCGUCGUGCUGAGCAGGUGAGAGGAGCCGCUGAGGAGAAAGGGGCGGGGCCUGGACGCGAUAUGCUAAUCUGGCCCCGCCUCCUGCCGGCGGAGCCCCGCCCUUCCCCGAGGAGGGCUCCGCCCAUGCCCAUAUAUGGGCAAAACGACCCCCAUUCCAUUCACCCUUUGGAGCGCCCAUAGACCCUUCAUCCCUCUUCCUCCCAGCCCCAUUCUAGUGGGAAGGGGUUAAAUCCAGGUUUCUCCUCUUUUACUCCUAGGGUGCCCCCCACCCACCUUCAAUGGAACAUGUUUUCACCAUGGUCCUCUUCCCCCCAUUUUUGCCUCCCCCACCCCACCUUUCCAAAUUAUAUACAGCAUAAGGUUGCUUUAGGUGUAAAGAGAGUGAACCUACCUUGCAGGGUUGUUCAUAGAAUUGGACAAGUUGGAAUGGAACCAGGGGUGAUCUAGUCCAGCCCCCUGCACAACUAGAUCAUCCAUGAGAGAUGGCCAUCCAACCUCUGUUUAAAAACCUUUCAAUGAAGGGGAGGCCGCCACUUCCAAAGGGAGUCAGUUCCACCGUCGAACAGCUUUUCCCAUCAGAAAGUUCUUCUUGAUGUUUAGUGGGAAUCUCCUUUCUUGCAACUUGAAGUUCAGGUCCUACCCUCCAGAACAGGAGAAAACAAGCUAGCUCCAUCUUCCACGUGACAGCCCUUUAGGUAUUUGAAGAUGGCUAUCAUGAAGCUUUUCUUGUUCACAUGCUCUGUCUCUGCAAAUCAAACUGCUCUAAUGAUCUUAAAGGUAAAGGUACCCCUGCCCGUACGGGCCAGUCGUGUCCGACUCUAGGGUUGUGCGCUCAUCUCACUUAAGAGGCCAGGAGCCGGCGCUGUCUGCAGACACUUCCGGGUCACGUGGCCAGCGUGACACUAAUGAUCUUAGAGAUAGAAAAAAACAAAACAGCACACCAAGUUGCAGGACCUAUUUUGUAGAACUUCUCUAAGGAGAUCUGCGAGUCUAGUUCCCCUCAGAAUUGUACACAACCAUAUUAAUUGACAGGCACGUUCGUCAACUGACUAGAAAUGAUCAGCUGGUUGGUUCAAAAAUCAGCAGAGUCUGAAGGGUUAGCUCAGUCAGUAGAGCAGUAGACUCUUAAUCUCAGGGUUGUGGGUUUGAGCACCAGGUUGGGCAAAGAUAUUACAUUAGCCCAUGCCAGCAAGGUCAGUGGUGAAAAACGAUGGGAGUUGAUUUUACGGGUGACUUAUUAAAAACAUGGUGUACUAAACUGCAUUUUUAAAAAUGUCUGAGAAGGUCCAUUUGCAAUUUCUCAAGCUUGCUGCCUGUACCCUGGUCUCUAACCAUUAAAUCAUUGAACUGGGGCAUGUAUAGUCACUCUAGGGUGCAUACAUAGACAGGAAGGUGCUCUCCAGUGCACUUUAGUUCUUUUUGAGAAUCAUAGGAGAGAGAACUCAAAGCUUUCUAGUAUAUCUUUAACCAAAAUGAGAAACUUCCUCCAUCCUCUUAAAUCAGUGUCAGAUGGGCAAUUCCAAGGUAAACAAGCUCAGAGAGGAAGAAGGAACUCUUAGCAAUAUGCAGAAGGGUGGGUGAGUGUUAACAACGAUAUGAGUGUGUCCUGUUCUCAUCUGAAAUAUUGGAACAUUUGUAAGCAGCCUGGCUUGAUUGAUUGUGCUUUUCUAGGCAGUUUGUCCUUCAGCCCUCCAUCAAAGAUUCUCAUUACCUCUCUCCUUAGCUCAAGAUCAAGGCAUUUAAAGCACAUCCCAAUCCCCAAGCAAUCCUGGGAACUGUAGUUUCUUAAGGGUGCUGGCAAGUUGUAGCAAUGUGAAGGGUAAGCUGCAUUUCCCAGGAUUUUUGGGGUGGGUGGGGGAUGUGCUUUAAAUGUACGGCAUGUACACAGCUCAAGAGUUUACAGGACACAAAUUCAGUCUUAAGAACUCUGAGAAGUUGUAAAUCAUUAUAACAGGAAGAUAGUGAGCCAUGUUUACACAUGACACAUGUACAGCACUGAACGUAUGAGGGAGUCUGGGAUUGUGCCCACUGGCCAAGCAAGAAAGGGCCUUAUGCAUGCACAGCUCUUCCUUGUGUUCAGUCAAGAAACAACCUGACUGCCCAAAGGCUCUUGGCGUGCACGUAGGAAGAGCCUUUUCUUUCUAAUGUUAUUUGGGUGAGUCUGGUCAUUGGGUGCAAUCCAGCUCCUCACUUAUAUUACUACCAAUGCAAUUUUUGAUUAAAAAAAAUUAGUUUUCCAGUAACCUCCCACUUUGGCAAGGUAUAAGACCCCUUAUGCAGCCUUGAAACGAAACCCACAAAAAUUACUAGCCUUAAAAAAAAUUAAAAAUGUUCACUAGCCUGAGAAGAGACUAAUAGCCUGCAUUUCCAUAGAAAAGGGGAAGCACAUUCCUGCCUUCUGAGGCUAGCAUGGAAAUGUAGACUAGUGGCUUCUUAGCAGGCUAGUAAAACAUUGCCUUCUAAGCAGGCUGGAUGGAAUGACUAACUCACUCACUGGCCUUCAGAAAACUCCUUGUCACCUAUGGCUACCAGGUUCAUUGUUAGAUAAAAGGCUGCCUUUCAUUGUUACGAGACACUUGUUUCCAUACAGCAACGCGGAGUUGCCACAGUGCAGCCCAGAGAUCCUGUUGCGUUUAAACAUUAAAGGCGGUGCUCAACUAAUUAGCUGUGCAUUUGCAAGAAUCACCACUAGUUCAAUUAGACUUCCCCUGUCUCUCCCUUCCCAUCCCAGCAUUAUCCAUGCAUGUCCCCUCCACCCAGAUCUGCUAUCCAGGGCUGGGGAAAACUCAUAAUAGAUUCAGGACUAGGGAAGAGAGAGGGAGAAUGUUCUGUUGUGCACUGAGAAAUCCUAGCAUUGGUGAAACCAGCAACUUAGUGCUACUUUGGCUACAACCCCCUGGGCAUAAGAAGAAUCUUGCUGGAUCAGGUCAGUGGCUGAUAUUGUCUGGCAUCCUUUUCUAACAGUGACCAACUAGAUGCCUGUGGGAAACCUGAUUAACAACAGCACUCUUCCCACUGGUGAUUCCCAACAACGUAUUUAGAAGCUUACUGUCUCCGACAGUGGAGGUAGAAUAUAGCUUUUGUGGGGCUAGUGGACAUUGAUAGCCGUAUACUCCAUGAAUUUAUCCAAUCCUCUUUGGUCUCUAAUCUCCUCUUUUGACUAUAUUCCUCACAUUGAUCCUGCACUGGCCUUUUAGCCCACUCUCCUCUCCUGUCUGGUGUAGCAAGUAGGACUUCAGUUCUAUCAACAGUAGGCAGGGAAGGAAGGUGAGCGAAGGGACUAGUGAAAGGUUCAGCAUCUCAGCAGCUUUAUAUCCUUCCGGUGCAUCAGCAUGUUUAAAGAGACAAGCAAUAUUUCUCAAGUGGUUGUCUGGCAGCUGGUGAGAGGAAAUGUACUGGUUUAUUGUACCUGAGUGCAUUUUUCUUUUUAGGUCAUGAAUAACUGCAUUUUGCGGUUUACAUGAUCACUUACUGUGUCACUAUAAAACUUGCAGCACAAACCUAAAUAUGUUUACUUGGCGCAGUGGUGGGGAACCUGUGGCUGUGCAGAUGCUGUUGGACUCUGAUUCCCAUCCUUCGCCUUGUUGACUGAGGCUAAGGGAAAUUGGGGACCGACAACAUCCAGACGACCACCGGUACCCCAUGCGUGAGGUUCAAGAAGUGGAGCUUCAAGUGUGUCUAGGAUUGCAGCCUUGAUCAGCUUUAACCCAAGUCAAACCUAGAAAAAUUCCACAUAAACAAGACAUAUACAAUUCAGGUUGAUCUUCCAGAAACUGCCAACCAGGUAAUGCAAGCAGUCAGUUUCUCCUGGUGUGUGUCUCAAAUUAAAUACACUUCAGAUGUUAGUGCACUGCCGAAUGCUUGAAGCAGGGUUUUGAGCUGUAAGGCCAACUUGAAGGCAAGUUUCUGCUCUGUAACCAACCCUUAGCAUUUGUUUUUAUCUUCUCUUCCAUUUUAUUUCUUAACUCCUUUUAGUGCUUCGUUUUGUUGUUUUAAUUUAUUGUUUUAUCUCAUUGUUUUAUGGUUCUAACUCCCCUAAACUGUGAGGCUGCAUGAAGCUGGGCUGGGCUGAGCACUUCGCUAGGCAGUGCCAAACGCAAGGUCAAGUCAAAGUUUACAAGAUACUAGUUAUAAAUUAAGGAAGAGAAACAUCUUGAUUAUCAGACCUGUUGACGAGCUGCUGUUCCAUUUUGAUGAUCACAGUGGGGAAUAGGAGAGGAUUUCCCCCUCCCUCUCUUUCACAUCAUGCUUAUAGAGUAUGACGCUAAGCAACAUUAUUAGGUUAUGAUGGUAGGUAUUCUGCCUUAAAUUAACCUGAAGGGUGUGAUUGUGUAUGUGGCUCAAAAAAGACAGCCCCCCCCCUUACCAUUUUGGCUGUGGGAGAAAAGACUGCUGAUUGAGGGGUGCCUUUGCUUCCUUAUGAUCUGAUAGUUUAUGCUUCUUUGUUGUUUUAUGUGGGUUUAUUAUCAUCUGUUCCCUGGCUGCACAAUGUUCAGUGCUAGCAGUGAACCGACAUGGAUGAGAUUUUAUAACUUUCCAGGUAGCAGAGGUGAUAGAAAGAAAUCUGUGUACUGAAAGACUGCUGCUUGCUCUUCAUUUUGAAACAUUGGCAUACUGGGGCCCUGUGUCAUCCUGCUAUUUCUGGUAUCCUUUCAGUAGUGGUCCCCCUCCCUCCCCAUGAUGUCCCUUUCACCUGCUGUUGCUUGACAGACACACACAAUCUUUUUUGUAUGACUUGGCAUCUGGUUUUACAAAAUGUCUAAACUAAAGUGUGAUUCAGCCCUCGGAUAAAGCUAUGGGCAGUUGUAGAAUGCUUGUAAGCUUUCUGUUUCCUUUGGGAUACUGUUUACAGGACAAGCAAGCUAUGGUUUAUACUGAAGACACAUUUGGAUGGAUUGGCAUGCGACACAACCCUUUGGGUUUCCCAGAAUAUACCCCAUUUCCCUCCCUUGUUUUAUACAUGUUCUGCCAGAUGAACAAUUCUAUGUGAUUUAUAAAACUUUGAUUUUAAAAUAUGUAACAGCCUUGUAAAUGGGACCACAAAUUAUCUUGCUAAGAGACUGGUAGCUUGUGUUGGCAACCAGCAUAGAAAGAUAGCAUCUUAGCAGGCUCGUAAACAAUGAGUCUUCUACCAAAAGGAUGGAUAGAGGAGGGAUGGAAUGACCUGUCCCUCUUGCACCAACCUACUCAGUCACCUAUGUGAAAUUUCUGGUCACCUGCAGAUGAGUUGCUAAAUAGAAGGCUGGUCCACUACAAAGUAGGGGCUAGUAUUGUUCUUUGGAGCUCUAACAUCUGGCAGAUUUGGUGCUGUUCAGGACCCACAUGUUUUAAUUACUCCCCCAGCCACCACCAAAAGCCUAGCAAGAGCAGUAGUAAUGUAAUGUCGUUAGUUUGUUAUCGCUUUGUGAGGUACAAACAAAGCACUAUCUUCUCCAGCAAGGUGUAGACAAUAUCUGUCAUUGACCCUGCACAGUGCAAACAAAGCAGCAAAGCAAGCAUGAAGGAAUCUAGGAAACAGGGCAUGCACACAAAGAAACAAAGAGCAAUUCUAAAACAAACAAUGCUGUGAUUUUAUGAAGUAGCAGAUAGGCUUUCUAAACCUGCCAUCUGCUCAGUGGCGUAGCGUGGGUUGUUAGCACCCGGGGCAAGGCAAGUAAUUUGCGCCCCCUAACCCGUGGAUUUGCGCCCCCUAACCAGUGGAUUUGCGCCCCCUAACCCUAACCCCCAGAUGUUGCGGCCGGUGCGGCCGGCCCCCCCUGCACCCUCCAUGCUACGCCACUGCAUCUGCUACUAGAAAAGGGCAGAAUUGAGCCUGAGGCAAAAUAGGCUGAUGUCGAUUUAGUUCCAUCAAUGUAGAUGGGGGUUUGCAAAGUGAUAAAAGCAGAAAAAGUUGGGUUCCUGUCCAUUACUCCAGCUUUCUGGGCUGCACAGUGUCUCCCUACCUUCAUUUCUGGGUGAAAGCAUUAAACUGCAUUCAUCCUUCCAGUUCUCCCACCCCUUUUUAUUAAAAUCAUUUGCUAGCUGUCUCCUGUUUUCAGACCUGGAGACUCAUGGGACUUGGUUGCUGGUUAGAGAAAUUUAUUGCUCAUAAGUAGAAUGGGAACAUAGAGAGGCUGCUAGCAAUGCAAUCUAGCAUAUGGCACAGUCUGACCUACUGCAGUUCUCCCAAGAACUUUACACCAAUAGGACCUGUGCAAGAUGCCAUUGUGUGAGUAGUUGCUUGAGAUCAUUGGUGGGGAUACACAUUUGAACUUUUGUAAGAGUGCCAUUCAGAGCCAUAUAGUUCAUAUUCGAGGGCGGGGAACCUGUGGCUCUUCAGAUGUCACUGGACUCCUAACUCCUACAUCAGCCUCUUCAGCCAGAAUGAUUGGUAGUCAAGGAUGAUGGGAGUUGUAGUCCAGCAACAUCCGGAGGGCCACAAGUUCCUCACCAAUGCUGCCAAGUUCCUCAUCAAUGCUGCAACCUCAUUCAGGUACAUAUAUCGAGGUGCACACCUGAUUUAUGCCUACUGCUCCUGAUUCAGCAAGGGAUCUGUGAGCAUAAAUCUGCUUACGCAGAUGCACCUCCUUAGGGAGAUUGGUUGGUGUGUGUGUGUACAAAUAUCAGCACAUAUUUCUUCCUGCAGGAGCCAGUUCUGUCCUGCUUCUUAAUUCUUCCUCUUCCAGAGUCAUCUUCCAACCAUCUCUUGCUUGUAGAUUCAUUCUCCUCCAAAGAACGCUGUCACAGCUAUUCUUAUCUGUGACCUGUUAAAGUUGAGUAAUAAACAUAGCCCUGAGGUCAGUGGGGAGAUGGGUUUUUAAUAAGGCCUUUAAAUGUAAUGCAUAUUCUGGUCAAGGUUUACAGGAGUUUAAAUAAGAAUUAAUCUGCGAUGUUAUGUCCCUGGGGGGCGGGCGGGUAGGAUCCACUGCAGAGUAUUAGGGCCCAUCCAUAUCUUAGCUCAAUGUGGCUUGUGAACCCCUCAAGUCCCCUUCAAUUCAUCCUCACCUAUGUGACAUUCUGCUCCUACUGCUGCCACACACUUUCCCCUCUCCCUAUCCUUUGAAACGCCGAAAAUCCGAUUGCAUCCCACGUUACUCACUCUCAGGCCAACCCACCCCACAGGGUUGUUGUGAGGAUAGAAUGGGGAGGAGGAGAACUAUGUAUGCCGUCUUGAGCUCUUUGGAGGAAAGGGAGGGAUAUAAACGCAAUAGCAUUAAAAAAUAAUAAUAAUCCAUAAAUACAGAUUAAAGAUGGAAUGGGAGAGACGACAAGAGACUGGUUUGGGGAUGUUCAUGUGUCCCUGUGGGUGUUUUACCCAGUAAGAGCUGAGAUCUCAUAGCACAGAAACAAAGAGAAAGCCAGAAUUUUGCUGAGGCAGUCACUGCCAGGGGAAAUUUUUCCCAAGCAGGCUUCAAGCAGGGUGGGGGUGGGCGUGGGGGGUGGGCAUUACUGCAGAGUGAUGCCAUAGCUAGCGGGAUAUGAUUUAAAGGCUUUAAAAUAAGCGUUACACAUAAUACAACCACUCCUUGUCGAUCAUAAAAAGUAAUGUGCAAGGAAAGAUGGAUCUCCAGAGCUAUAAAUCUGUUCCUGUGUCAGGCUAAUAGUAGCUCAUGCCAGCCUUGGUGCUGCUAGUGUGGUGGGUGGGGGAUUGUUUUGCUUUUAGAUAUAUAUCCAUCAAAGCGCUGAUGGAUGACAAGCCUGUCCCCAUAACUCAUUCUGUGUCCUGGAUCCCACCUGACUUUGAAGCCGGUCUUUGCAGGUGUAUCUUUUUAGCUCUCCUGAGGGUGUUUCAUCUCUGCAGGGAUUUUUGGGUGUCUGUUCUUAUGGGGCUUGGAAUAUUUGGGAAACUUGAGGAUCCUGAAAGGUGGGAAAACCAUAUGCCACCCCCCUUCCAAACACCUGCUAUAUAUAUAUAUAGAGAGAGAGAGAGAUAAAGUAAUGGUUUGAUGUGCUUUAAUUGUGCUGAGAUUCUGCUGCUUCGUGUUUAUUUUUGCUCUGUGUCUCCUGGAAGGUGAGCAGAAGCCUUUAUAAAACCCACAGUUCUGCUAAAUGCUCCCUCGUGUAAGUAGAAAGCAUAAGUCAGUCACUUUGGAGGUUACAGAGAGUUUCUUGUCCAAAGUAACAAUUGACUAAGCCUAUUAUUUGUGCUGUGUGGUUCUUCCCUUUGCAUUGUACAAAGUGGGAGUGGCCUGCUGAGGGUAGGUCCUCAUACUUUUGGAAACAGACUUGCCCUGCCUGACCUUUUUUAAACAAGUGUUCUGACUCAGCUAGGACCACUUGAUGGAUCUCAGAUCCAGUCUGCAAGCUGCUAUUUGACCAUCCCAGCUUAAAAUCUGCUGUAUAUUUUGGAAAGUUGCUUGCAUGUUCACUAUGCAUCCGUAUACCUCGUAAAGAUACUAUAACCAACUUUUCCAUGAUGGUUCUUGGGACUGAGGAGCAGGUUUGCAUCCGUGUUUGGAUACAACUGGAGGCCAUUUUGAAUCAAGAUGGUGGGUUCAGCCUUUCCAAACUGCACUGAUUUUUACCCCGGAUGUCAAAACCUCACUGAUUCUUUUUGUUUGUUUCUUAGAAUUCCCACACAAUACCAGGUAGGAGGUUGCUAAUAGUAGCACAAGAACAAAACACCGCCACCAAACCAGGUUGCUGCCUUUACGGGACUUCAAAUCUAAAAGUUUUCAACAGACAAUAGAAAGAGAGUAAAAUAGGAUAGGAAAGGGUAACUAUUACAUGUAUUUCAGCUGGGGGCAGAUCUAAAUCAGGCAAUAUAUUGCGCAAAACAGAAGGGGAUAAGGAAAUAUAUAACAAAAAACAAAUUAGACUGGUGGUGUUGCUUACUUUGUGGCUACAUGAUCAGCUUAUUUUUUGUACAUCUGACUUAAAUGAUUUUUCCUCACGCCCUGCUUGCAUAGCAAUCACGUCUUGUCCAAUGAAACAUUAUGGAGAAUGGGACUUAAGUGCCAUUUAUUUCCGUGCAUCUCCUCUAAACAUGACUAAGUUUGGAUCCAGCCCAUUGUUUCUCAUGCUUUGGCAGAGGCCCCAGCCUGAACCCGAACUGGCAAACUUAAUUUAUUAUUUAUUUGUUUAUUUAAUAUAGUCCGUGGGCCGUUUUUCUGCACGUGCACCCUCUGGCAUUUUUGGUAAAACAAAUCGGUUAGGAAUAGCAGCCAGACAAUCAAUAAAACCAACACUGAAAGGCAGCAGCAGGGUGAGCGGCGAGGCAAGUGAAUUAAAAUGACAAAAUGCCUGUGUACAUAAAAGCAUUUCAACAGCUUCUCUGUAAAUGCAUCAAGAAGGUGUCCGCUGGAUGUCCCUGGAGAAGGAAUCCUGGAGUUGUGGCACCACCGAUGAAACAAUCCCUUUAAAAAGGAAAGCAGCAAAAUCUGUAGCAUUGGGAAUGCUGGACUUUAAACUUAUCACCAGGGAAUGCUAGCUUGUCAUUUCUUGCUGGACCUCCCAAUUCAGACAUGCCACAUUUAAUGCGAACUUCUUUUUCCAGGUAUAUCCCCUGCCUGCCUGUUGUUUCGGAGGCCUGUAGGGAUGAGGAGGUUCAGAGGUACUAUCUAUACUAUCUGUGUGGUCAGGAUUUCCAAGUUUCAGAUUUAGUUUCCUUGAUGCUGUGUUGUAGUUCAGAACUCAUAUCCCUUCCUCACCAAAUGUUUCUUUUUUACUCUUUGCUAGUCUCCUUUCGCUAGACUGUGCCAGCAAGAGAGAGGCUUCUUCCCCUUUACCCUGAAUUGUGAUGUCUCUCCCCAAACCCUGUGUGUUUAGCCUAGAAACGGUAUUUAUAUAUCGUCCAGGGUCUAGCACUGUAUGGUGUAGCUUGUUCCUGUUGUGGGUGUUCAACUUGAGAUCCUGAGAUUUAGGAGGCCAGAUACAACGCUACGUAUAGGUCUUCCUUUCCCUCUGACUGGAAAGAGGAUCCCAACCCAUGCAGUCACCACUGUAAAUACUUCCUCUAUGGCUUCUCCUACAACUGGUGGGAAAGCAUUUUUGGAAUCUGUCCAGUUCAGUUUUCAUUUGCCCUUUAUAAUAGAGUUGGGGAUGUUGUUGGACUCCAACUCCCAUAAUAUCCGACUCUUGGUCAUGCUUGCUGGGGCUGACCAGAGCUGGAGUUCAAAAACAUCCGGAGGGCCACAGGUUCCCCAUACCUGGCUUGCAGUCAGCAAGCAUGCUUGACGCUGCUUCCCACCGUCACUUGGGAGGUAACAUUCAAGGAACUAAACUGUGAGUGGAGAGGAGUGGGGAACCCACACAGGCAGUCCAGUUAUGUGUGGCCACUGUGAUUUCCAUUGAUCUCAAUGGCGGUUGGGUGGUAGGAAGCCGCUGGUUCAAAUCUCAGCUCCACCACAAACAUACAUUUCUUCACUGUGGGGAUAAUCUGAAUGCCCUGCUUUGUUAUAGGGCAUUGUAAGGACUGCCAGUGAGAAUCCACUGCAUACUUAAGGGAAGUGCUUGUAUAAACACCUUGAGCUGCAUGGGAUGGCAACCUGGUGGGUUCUUUCAGAAGAUAUUUUCCAGAGAGCAUCUGAUGCUGUGGUAUAAACGGGGAAGCCUGUAUGGAGCCCUCAGGAUCCCUGCUUAUCUAUACUAUUAUUACAGCUAGACAGUUUUUUGUUUCAAUAUCCAAGUUCCUUAUUAGCUAUCUAGUAUUAUCUCAUUGUCUCAUGAAGUGGGAGUGGGGAGAAGCAAACUGUUCAGUUGUGUGAGGAAAAUGAACAUGGCAGAACUCAAACUCCCGCCACACCCUCUGUAUUUCCAUGGGUUGGCAGUGACAGAAUCUGUGCCUAUUUAGAUCACUGAAACAUAUGGAGUCUGAAAACAAUGUUCCCAUUAACCUACUUGAAAAGGCCUGCCAUUUUGAAAACUGUCUUCCUGUUCCAUGGGCUGCAAGUUGCCUUUCUCAAUGUUGCUGGAGCCUGGAUAGAUGGUACUCCUACAACUUCAAGCUGCCUUUAUUGUUAUUAUUAUUACAGCUUGGGAAUGAUGGUCUUCUGACCUGGUGGGAGUUGCAGCCCAAAACAGCUGGAGGGCACCAUGUUUGGGAAAUGCUUUCAUAGCCAGUAUCAUAAAAAGUUGUUUUCUAGUAAUGAGUGCAGAGCGAAAAAUAAAACGAAAGGUUCCUUGCAUCUAUGAAAUGGGAAGACGGUGACGGGCUAGAUGGGAGAAACUGGGCAACUUGCUUCGUGAACCGGGAGGCCAGUAGGCAGGGUGGCAUGAUUAAGAUGUGGGCAGAUAAGGCAAAUAAGAAGGCAAAAAGGAAAGCAGGUGAACAGUGACCAAAGUGGUAAGAAAACAUUAUGGCCAUGGUCAAACCAUUCAUUUAAAGCACUCCUAAAAAGUCUGAUAUUCGCCCAAUAAUUCUGGGAACUAUAGUUUGUUAAGAAUGCUGAAAGUUGUUAGGGGACCUCCUCAUUCCCUUUGUAGAGCUACCAAGAGUCAGUGUGGUUUAACAAUCAGUCCCUCUUUCCAAGAAACUCUGGGAGUUGUAGCUCUAGAAGGGGUCUGGAGGGCCUUCUAACAACUCACAUCACACUUAACAAACCACACCUCCCAGAAUUCUUUGUGGGUAGCCAUGAUUGUUUAAAGUGGUAUCAUAGUGUUUGAAAUACAUGGUGUGAAUGUGACCUGUGUGAGGAAUUCUCAUCCCAAUUUAACUAGUCCUCAGCCAGGGUCAUUGUUAGGGGGUUUUCAGCAGGCCCCAGAUCUCCUGCACCUGUUUUUACACUUUAAUAAACCAACAACUGCAAAAAUGUUGCUUUUAUGGCUACUGGGUGUGCUGCAAAACACCAUUCUGGUGAGAUGCCAGCCACCCAUCAUCUUCAUUUCCCAGAGGCAUAUUUACAUAUAAAUUUGCAUUUAUGCCAGGUUGUAUCAUGGAGUACCCCGAGUCCUUCAAUGUACUGGUAUCUUGCAAUGCCCAUGUCCUCAGCAGUCCCCCCCUCCGUUGCAUAGAGCCCCUCUCUCCUAUGUAGCAAGGACUCUGCACAUCUUUGAUCUGCUAAGUAAUACUUCUAGAGCAUCUCCUGCUCGAGGCAAUGUAAGUGCACACAACUGCAUUAUGCUCUGUGAUGCCGUGGCCAUUAAAUCUACCUGCAUUUAAGAGUAAUAAGCCACACUGCAUAAUUAGACCACCAGGUUACAUAAGUAAUACCGCCACCCCAAAGCUGAACACUAAGGAUUCAGAAAAAACCUUCUAUUUUGGAUUCUUGAAAAGAUGCGGAGGGGUGUGUGUGUCCAGCCCUUGGUGGACCAGUGCUGUACGGUGUUGGAUGCUUCCUUAGCUAUGGACCUCACUGAGUUACCUAUGGCCAGACACUACCUUUCACUGUAAUGUAGUCCACAGGAUUGUGAGGAUAAGGCAGGGUCACUUCUGUAACCUUUUGGAGGAACAUAAGGAUAAGAAUCUGACUGACUGACUGAUGGGUCACAGAUUGUUUAAACUUGGACUUGUGUGUGUGUGUGUGUGUGUGUGUGUAUAUACACAUCAUCAUCAUCCAUACAACAGGGUUGGUGAACCCAUAACACAUGCUAGAUGCAGCUAUCAAAGGCACUUACAGCCUGCCCGAUUCUAGCAAAAUCUCCCUAUGCAAAGGCACCUCUUCUCCCUCUGCUCUUAGACAUCCUAGCAAUGGUGUCUCCCUAGGGAGAAGAGGACCUUUGCAGAGUAGAUGGAGCUUUCCUCUCCAUUGCAGCACUGAGAUGGCAGGAACCUGCUUCUUCUGCUUCAUUUUUGCUGUCAUCGCAGUGCUGAGCUAGGAGAAGGGGGGGAACCCAGUACUGUGCCUGGGGGGAAAUGCAGCAGAGAGUGUGGUUUCCCUUCCCAUUUCUGGGCUAGGAGGUGAGAAACCUCUCCUCCCAGCCUAGUGUUGCCUCCCACCCUUCCACUCAUCUGCUGAUUGGCUGUCUAAAUGUGUGUGUGUGCGCUUGCCUGUCUGUAUAUAUCUUGGCCACACACCCUGCUGGCAUCCCAUCCUUGGAGGGCUAACUAACUAUGUGAACCUUGGACCAAAGGUUUAGCCCCACCUGCCAGCCAGUAUAAUUAUUUGUACAUAUAAAACCAGGAUGUAAGGGACAAGGGUUAUUUCCUGAUCUUCCUGAAGAGCUAGUUUUUAAACAUGCAGUUCAAAGUAGCAUGACCCAGGCACAGCCUUGCCUUUUCAGCAAGAACUAUACCGAAGAGUGCCUAAAAGACCCACACAACCUCUCUCUGUUAUCUGACUUGGUCGUGUUCCCCAGCUCGCUUUGACAAGAAGUCAAACUAGCUGUCACUUUCCAGGAAGUCUCCAUGUCUUGACUUUGGCUGUGCUACCCCUGAACUUUUCCCCCCAUUCUAGGUUUAACUGGAGUGGCCUGGUCCCCAUGCGCUUGCGGGGCAGGAUCCAUGGCUUGCAGGCCAGGAAUUCUAAGUUCUUGCUGGAGGGCAAGGAGUUUCGCAUCUUUGGAGGCUCAAUGCACUAUUUCCGCAUCCCCCGUGAAUACUGGAAAGACCGCUUGAUUAAGAUGAAGGCCUGCGGCUUGAACACCCUCACGACGUAAGUGCUGCCCUUACUGCAGGCUCAGUCCAGUUUGUAGCUGCUGACUUCAUGGGAACAUGAUAGGAAGCUGCCUUAACACAGAGUCUAGCUUUGUGGCAUCUCUCUACACCAGAGAUGAAUUACCUCCCCACCUUUUGAGGGUCACAUUCCCACUGGCAUAAACUUUUGAAGGGCGUGUACCCAAAGUGUGUGAGGCCGCAUAUCUUCCUGCUGCUCCCUUUCUCUCUUAUGCCACCCUUCACCCCCUUUUUCCCUUUCCAUGCCACUCACAUGAAAUUGUACCAAUGUCUACACUGGCAGUGGCUCUCCAAACUUAAGACAAGCAGUUCUCCCAGGCCUACCUGUAGAUUCUGGGAUUGAACCUGGGGCCUUUUUGCAUGCAAAACAUGUGCUCUGCCGCUGAGCUACAGCCCUUCCCUUAAAUUUUCUUCUAUAAAUUGGGGACACUGAACUGUGGGGGCGUGUGUUGUCACACAAGCCAACUACCCUCACCAAAAGGCAGGCUUUGUGAUAAAGCUGGAAAAGGAAAGGAAGGAAGAUUCCAGUGCACAAAAAGAAGAGAAAGACAGAAGACCUCAAAGAGGGGAUACUUAAGCAAUCCAAUCUCUGUGAAUUCCAAAACAAAACAGUUCAUAGUUUUCUUACUGAUCAGAGAUGAGCUGUCCAUUGGAGUUUGUACAUCUCCAAAUGUUGUAAUGCUGUUCUUGGAAGUUACACCAAAAGUAUGUAUUUAAACAGGUAUUCUGAAAGAAAUGUGUCUACAGAUAUGUACUAAAUACAUACUUUGAGAGGAUUAAAAAAUAUCAACAGAUUAAUGCAAAAAUACUACAGAGUUAUGGGUAAAAAUCUGCAACAUGGAGUAGAAAUGGAUAGAUUCACCCAUCAUUCUUCAGUUAUAAAUAUUAUUUGCCAGUUAAGCCUUCCUUGGGAACAACUAAUUUAUAAACUUUGGGCUAAUAAGUCAUUCUGUGUGCAACUUUUGACAUCUCCCUUGUCUUAAUUUCCAUACUAAAAGUUGAUGUCACCUGGUGUUAAGGACUUAACAGCUUCUUCGAGUGGGUUGCAUGUAUAUUGCAUACAAAAUUCAUAGGAGAGUAAUGUUUAUGUUUCUUACAACUUGAUCACUGGUUUUCUUUUCCAAAAGAGCAAAACUGUUGGCAAACUUUUUACCACACCUCAUAAUUUUUAUUUUUAUUUUGCAAAGCCUCCAGCAGCCAGAUAAAAUUGCUUUGGGGGCCCCAAUCCGCCUCACACACCAUCAGUUGGCUAUUGUUGCUGUAAAAGAUUUAUGGGAUGUGAAGUGGGGAUAGUCAGCUGAUUUCCUUGCUUGACCCCUGAAACCAGUGUUGAAAUGGGCAGCUAAUUCAUUCUGUCUUUCAGGUAUGUCCCAUGGAAUCUUCACGAGGAAGUAAGAGGGAAAUUUGACUUCCGCGGAAACCUGGAUCUGAGGUACCUAUCCUGAUCUGAAGUAUGGAUCUCACGGUCCAUGGCUGAAACAAACCCCCACACAAGUAAAUUCUGCAACCUGAGAAAUCAAAUUUAUUGUAAACAAAUAAUGUUAUUCAGUUGGGACAAUUUCUCUGGCUUUAGUUGCCCCUGGCUGCAGAAUAUUGGAGCAGGGUUUGUAGUUUACAGAACAUUAGACAUUGGAGGGGGGGGGUUGUUGUUGUUUAGGUUAGUAAUGCUAGAAGAAGAUCUGGGGCCGGGGAGAGAGACUGGGAGGGAGCUGUGCUCUAUCCCUUUAGUAGUGGAAAUUUUUCAAAGCUCAAUUUGUGAAGACACAAAUUAAGCUGAGAGGAAGGAUCUUCAGGGAGCAGUAUGAAUAGUUUCCCUCAAGCUCUAUGAGUUAAAGAUGAGUUAAUAAGGAGAUUCCUGCCCUGCAAUUCUGCAGGCUUAUGCCCUGCAUAGCAAUCUUUUGUUUCUCCACUCCAUUUGACAAUAAAGCUUGUUCAGAGUCUGCCAACCCUAUCCAUAAGGGACUGAGAAAGAGGAAGAAAGAUAUGGUGAGUCAGCAUUUGUUAAUAACAGGUGCUGAAUUGUCUCUGUGCCGGAUAAAGCCUGCUUAAGGCUCAGCGUUCAUUCCUUCCCAGCUCAGACCAAAGCUGCAUCUACCUCAAAUCUUUUUACAUUUUUAAAAAUUAACUUAAUUUUCUUUACAAUCACAAACAAUAAAUUAUAAUUUAAUGCUUUUUUAAAGCAUUAAAUCCUAUUCAUUCCAUGUGUAAUAUCUAGCAAUAGUCACAGAAUAUCCAGCAGUCGUAAUAGAGUAUUACUCUUAAGUAACAUGAGCCCUCCAUUGUCACCGGAAUGUGACUUGGUUGGAUAUCACUAUGUAUUUCCCAAAUCAUAAUCUGUACAAUUUCAUAUAGUUUUGCAACAUUUCAGUUAUGCCUCUUUUACCUUUUGAAGGGUACCUGGAAUUAAUAAAGGUUUCCAAGUUCUCUAUAAAUUUAUUACGGCAUUCUCAUAUGGCUUCAUUCAGCAGUUGCAGGAAUCUUUGACUGUUUCUUAUGUUAGCCAGGGUAGGAUGCUUACAAAGGAUGUAUUAAAAUACUGCAGGAUACAGCAGGAGGUAUUCAGUGCCUUUCUUCUGUUAGUGCAAGUGCAGUGGUACCUUGGUUGUCGAAUGGCUUGGCUUCUGAACAAAUCUGCUCUCGAACGGUGCAAACCUGGAAGUAAGUUUGUGAACUUUUUCUGGAAGUUGAACGUCCAACGCAGUUUCCGCGGCUUCCGACUGAGUGCAGGAAGCUCCUGCUGCCAAUCGGAAGCCGCACCUUGGUUUUCAAACGCUUCCGGGAGUUGAACGCCUCCCGGAAUGGAUUAAGUUUGACAACCAAGGUACCACUGCAUCUACAGUUGUGCAAUGGAACUUCCCUCUCCUUCUCCUGCUUCUUUUCCCCGCCCUGCCGUAUGUUCUGUGCCCUCCCCAAAUCUUCUACAAAGUGUUGGGGGAAACCCAACAGAUUUAGGGGGCAUACCGGGGAAGGAAAAAUCCUUGUGUUAACAGAGAAACAUAUUUGGGGCUACUUUGGAUAGAAGCCCAAGAAUAGAAUGCUUCAGUCCUCAUUAUUUCCAUUUUCUGUCGGUCUAAAAUUUUGAUUGCAUCCUUGGCAAGAGAACAUCCACAAGGCUGACGACUGAUACUCCCAACUUUGAGUGACUGCUGUAGGCUGAACUGAGUCCAUGGUGUGCAGCCUGUAUCAUUGUUUUACAAUUGGCCCAAAUCACAGGUGAUGUUCUAGAGGAUGUGACUUUCCAUCACAUCAAUGGCACCAGACCUGGGAUGUGGGUAUGGCGGUGUGGUAAAAAAAUCUGGGGAGAAACGGAGAUUUGAGCAUGCAGUUAAAGUGUGACAAAGCCAUCGGAUGGCUGUACUUGCACCAUAUUUCCUGUCCACUCAUUUGUUUCCUUUCCAAGCUAAAGUGUUUGGGAAAGGGGUCUUCUCUUGCAUUUGAGCUACCAAGGUAUUUGGCUAGCCUCUUCUAGAGGCAGAAUGAAAAACAUAUGGGCUCAUCUGAUGGUUGAUGUCCGGCAAGGAUAAACUGCUGCUGUUCAUUUGCAGUUUAACUACAUUUUAAUGUGCUAAGCAUCUAAGGGAUUUUGUGGUAGUAGUGAAGCCAUGGGCUGUAAUUGGCUGAGAUGCUCCAGUGUCACAGACAAACUGGCCAGUGGGAAGAGAGGCAAAGACAAGCAUAAAGUUUUGAAAUGUAGUGGGCUAGCAGCUAUAAUUGACUUUAGAUGGGAGAAGAGGAAGUAGUCAUUAGAAAGAAGGGGAAGAAGAAAAAGCAGAGGUGAGAGUGCAGUGGGAGAGAGAACAUGCAGAGAAGGGAAUCAGUGUUGCAGAAACAUGGAGUGAUGUUCUCAUAUAUUGAUUUGAAGCAACCAGUUUUAAAAGCCAAUGAUUUUAUCACUACAGCUUGUGGGAUCUUUCUAGAUCAUUGUUCUCCAGAUCUGUAAGGUUUGCUGGUUGCUGUUCCUUACAACAUCUUCCGCCAGCUUUGUGGUUCCCUCACUCUGCCUAACGCUGUUUCCUUUUCCAGGGCUUUCCUUAGGACAGCUGAAGAAGUUGGGCUGUGGGUGAUUCUGCGUCCAGGACCUUAUAUUUGCUCCGAGUGGGACCUUGGUGGUCUGCCCAGGUAAGUCUAGAUAGUUUUGGUUGUCUUUUAGAAUGGCAGUCAACCUUGGCUCUGCAGCUCUCAAUUCCUACUGCCCACCAGGACUUCAGGGAACAGACUCUUAAUUAGGAGAAUGCAGAAAGGCUGGCGAUUCUGAAAUGGCUAAUUGUAGUCCAAAAUACAGGGCAGCUGGUUUCUGAAGUCCAAAAUAUAGGGCAGCUGGUUGCUGAAGGCUGGCUUAAAUGCACACUUACCUUCUGUAUUUUCCUUGUUGGCCCUGGGAAACUGGGUUUCUACCUCUUAUUUUUGAACACCAUUUCAAUAUUAAGAAUAAUAAUAAAGAUGGGUAGGAGAAAUUUCAUGUAGUUACUUCAAAUAUAGUUUGGUUUUGCAUAUUUGAUCUGAAGAGAUUUGCUUUAACUGAAUCUGUAAGCUGCUUCAGACAGCAGGAGAGACAGGGUACACAAAUAUUUUAAAUAAAUAAAAGAUGCAGCAGCAUCAAAAUAGACAGAAAUGUCUCACGCUGGUUUACCACAAAGGGGGAAAGAAGGCGUGAGAGCAGAACGAGGGAAGAUCAGCUACCCGAAAGGUUCUCUGCGGAGGCUAAACCUCUGGUGGGAAAGAUGACUGGAGGAAAUAAAUAGGUGUGGAUCAGCAGCUUAUGUCAGCAGCUCCCUCGAGAUCUGGUAACCAGGAGAGGAUCCCAGCGGCUAUGCUGCGCUCUUGAAACCUCUCAUUUGCGCUCCCAUUUGCAUCAACAGGAGGUUCCCAUGGGGUGAGGUAGGAGAUGAAGAAAGUCCACAUGCAAAGCAAACCUAGAAAACAGCCCGAGGAUGUUAGAGAUUCGCUCCUGCACAUGGGGAGGCUGAGAGAGGCGCUGAGAGAGACACCUCAAGGAUAAAGCAGGUCACAGGGUAAAGUCAGCCCAGGGUUCCCUGCUGAAUUCCCUGACUUAGUACAUAGCAAUAUUCCUACACACAUGGUAUUUUACAUAGGAAAAAGAAACAGAGUCAGAAGGACCUUCAAAGGUCAUCUCGUCCAACCCUCUUCCAAUGCAGGAAAUCUGAACAGUGAUGGGGAUUUCAUGCAUCAGCAAGAGGGUGAAUGGACUAGCUGAUUUUAAAAUAAAUACUAUUAUUACAUUUAAAUCACAUCUUUCCUCCACAGAGUUUAAGGCACUGUGUACGGUUCUCCUCUCCCUCACCCUCAACUAGGACGUUCAUAAUAAAGCAUGCAAGUUUUGCAGACUUAUGCCAAAAACCCACAAAGUGUCAUAUGCGUGGCAAUUAUUGCUUUGCACCCUUUAUUAUUUUGCAGAGAAGAGAGGAGGAAAAUGCUUAGUGUUCAGAGCAAUACAUUUUUUCUUUCCUCUUUUUGAUGCAAAGUGUGAACAAAUGUGCCCUGUUUGCGCUGCCUCCUCUUAUGGGUGCCUAUACCCAUUUUCUCUGGAACGCUAUCAACUGCUUUUGUGCAUAAUGCUUGCGGGGGGAGGGGGGGUUGCAAAUUCUUUCCCUGUGAAUAACUGAAACCAGAAGACUCCACGAACAAAUGUUCCUUUUAUUCCUGGUGGUAACAGGAACACUCUGAUAUUAGACUCCUUCUUACUGACUCCACUCUGCAUCAGCUCAUCUACUGUCGCAUCCCCAUUCCUGCUCCCUGCCCAAUCCCACUGCCUCGUCCACUACUAAUUCUUGUCUCCAUGACUCUCAUUGUGUUUUUAACAGUACCUGUGACAACCGUUCCUUCUCCAUUCCUCAGACCCACCUCCUCUACAUUCUAAAAGGAUUUGUAAGGAGGAUGGAACCUCCAAACUGCCUUUCAUAAGGAAGCCUUUCCCUAACCCAGUGCCCUUUGGAUGUUGUCGGACUACAACUCCCAUCACCCCAACCCUUGGCCAUGCAGGCUGGGGCUGAUGGGAGUUGGAGUCUGACAACAUCCAAAGGGCACCAGGAUAGGGCUGGGAAUCCUUGCCAUCCCCAGCCCCUCUCCCCUAAACUACCAAACCCAGGGCUCAGUGGGGAGAGAAGAUAACUGUUAAACCCAUUUAGAUUCUGCAGUACAAAGAUACCUUAAGUCACAGGAAGGCUGUGGUAAUUUCCCCCACUUGGACCUGCUGCACUCAUUCCCUGUCAGGGAAAAAGCCAGGAUAUCAAUAAAUAUUAAAUAGUAAUAAUUGAAACACAUAUCCAUCCCUUCGUGCUCCACCCCACCUGCAUCUGAUCUUCCCCAGCAUGCCACCUCCUGCUUCCAACAUUCCACUUGUGCUCUCCAUCCUUAACUUUAACAACCUGUCCCUCUUCUGCACUCUAGCUUGUAGAGCAGAGGUGGGGAACCUUAGGCUUGGGGACCAAAUGCGGCCUAGCAGGCUUUUGGGCUUCCCAAAGAUACCUGAUUGGCCGUGGGGAGGAACAGAUGUUCCUUUGGUCUGAUCCAGCACGGCUCUUCUUAUCUUCUCACAAGCUCUGGUCCUUUUCCCUCCAUAGCUGGUUGCUCCAAGACCCCGAAAUGCAACUGAGGACAACGUACAAAGGCUUCACAGAGGCUGUGGAUGACUACUUUGAUCGCCUGAUGCGCGAGGUAGUCCAUCUUCAGGUAAAUCAGAUCGUGGGCUACGCUGCUGCUGCUAAGCCACUUGCGUUUUUAGACUAGGGUUACCUGGGUUGGUGCCAAGUCAGGGCUAGCCCUUGUGGGGUGGGCUGACCUGGAAACAGUGGGGUCUGGGAAGCUGCCUCUGCCAUUCUGGUUUUCUGGCCAUGCUCGGGAACAGCCUUCCCUAAUCUGGUGUGCUCCAGACCUCCCACCAGCCUCAACAAACACAGCCCGUGGUCAAGGAUGAUGGGAGUUGUAUUCCAACAGCCCUUGGCUGGCACCAGUUUGGUAAAGGCUGCUCUAGGGUGAUAAUGCGUCAGGCAUUCUGGGGUAUUGUGCAGAGAUCAAAAGGCAGCUGCUUCCCAGCUGCUUCCACCAUAGUAAGCCAUGGUAGCAAACAGCAUAAUCAAGGUUGUCCUAAAGUUCUGUGUUGUUCUGUGCUUGAAACGCCUUUGCAGUCAAUGCAACUGUGCUACCUAUAUGUUUAUUAUUGUGCAAUAACUUCUAAAUGUGCAAUGCCCUGUGAUGCUUUUAAUUUUCUUCAUAACCUGCAUAUCUCACACUUGGAGAACCUUGGCUGGGGGAAUAUGAUUUUUCCAAAGCUACUGUAGUGUUCAUAGCUAAGCUGAAAGAUUGUACAACUUUUGCUGUAACUGUCUUCAUGUACUGUUCAUGUGAAAUAGGUAGUUAAUUCAUGGACAUCUAGAAGCAGAGCCCAGGCAACUUGCCCUGUGGCGACAGGGUAGGGACAAGAGCAUGGUUUCAUUCCUAGAUAAUCACCUGAUGCCUCUUUCACACAAGUAAGAUGUGAGGCUGUGCAGAAGCUUCAUUUGUGUAAGACUUUAAUUUCUUCAUUCUCACAACAAGCUUGGGAGGUAGCCAAGCACUUUGUACUCCUCUGUGCAUUAAACUCAGCAGCCCAGCAGGGGAGACUGUAAAGGGGGUCUCAUUCGUUUGCAGAUAGCGAACCAAGUUCCCUAUCUGCAUGAACAGUUGAUCAUUCCACAACCAUCUAUCAUUCAUGGCAGAGAGCCAGCUUACACAUUCAGAAAAGGCAUGUAGUGCAGCUCUUCUGUGACACACCACUUGAGCAUGGCAUGUUUGGAUUUUUCCUGUGUCUAAAGUUCUUUACAUGUAGAAGGAUAAUACAAAGAGGAUGCACUUCUCUGGGAUGUGUGUAUGUGUGUGUUCAAGGAGGGUUUUUGUGACUUAAGGAGUGUUCAGAUAUGCAUUUUCCUCCUCUAAUCUGUAGUGGUGCAGAACCAGGGGGACUUUCCCAGAUUGGCCCUGGAAGUUGUGGUUUGAAGUUCCAGUUCAGAGCCAAUCUAGCCAAUGGAUCAAACCAAUAAGCAAGGUCCUUAACAGUUAUCUGCAAGUUCUCUUUCUCAAUAAAUCUUUAUAGAUGGAUUAGACCCACCAGAGACAGAUAGAUACCUUAUGCCAGGCUUCCUCAAUCUUGGCCCUCCAGAUGUUUUUGGCCUACAACACCCAUGAUCCCUAGCUAGCAGGACCAGUGGUCAGGGAUGAUGGGAAUUGUAGUCUCAAAACAUCAGGAGGGCCGAGGUUGAGGAAGCUUGCCUUAUGCCAAGGGUAGCCAACAUGAUGCCCUUCAGAUGCUGUUGGACUCCACCUCCUGUCGGCUCCAGCCAGAAUGGCCAGUAGUAAGGGAUGAUGGGAGUUGUGGUCAAAGAACAUCUGGAGGACACCAUGUUGGCUACCUCUGUCUUAUGCGUUCUCUCCUGUUCUCUUUUGGUAGUAUAAGAAUGGAGGACCAAUCAUUGCCAUCCAAGUAGAGAAUGAAUAUGGUUCCUAUGCUGAAGACCCAGAUUACAUGAUGUACAUCAAACAGGUAAAAUGCUCCCUCUGCCUCAUUUUUAUGCGUAUUUUUGAUGUUCCUGCCUGUACUGUGAACCGCCCUGAGAUCUACAGGUACAUAGGGUGGUAUACAACUGUUAAUAACAACAACAGAUAAUAAAUAGUAAUACAUUGUGCCUUCUCAUCUCUUUCUCUCUUUCUCCUCCCUCCCUCCCUUUCUUUCUUCCUCUGUGCUUUGCAAACAUGAGCUGAAAAAUUAGACGCUUUGGCUAUAGCCUCCCCAUCUCUGCCAUUAGUUCUGCCUGAUUCACUUCAAUCCUUUCCUUUAUCCUCUUUCCUCCUAAAUAAGUGAUACAGGGUUGCAGCUGUAUUGCUAUACACCAGGGGUGAGGCACCUCAUGCCUGGGGGUCAAAGGUGCCGUCCAGCCUCUGUAUCUGGCCCUUAGAACUCUCCCCAAGUCACACCCUUCAAUGGAUCUUCUUUGAACCCUGAAUGAACUUGCCUGGCUGGAGUGUGGCCUUGAACUUCGAUAAUGCCUCUUGCUUAUCUGGAUGGAGGGUAGAGAAGUAGACUUGCCCACCACUGCCAAGUGGUCCUCGGAAUAUUGCCUAGAAGGGAAUGUGGCCCUUGGACUGAAAAGGGUUCUCUACCCUUGCUAUAUACAUUUAUCUGUUGAACUUACUUCUGAGUAAGCACGGGUAAGGUUUCACUGUGAACUUGCAAUGGAGCAAAGGAGGGUGGGGAGUCCUGUGGCAUUCCAGGUAUUAAUGGAAGUAUUUGCAUUGAAAAUAAUACAUUUUCUAAACAAAUAGUGAUAUUGUGUUGAAUUAAAUCAGGGUGCCUUUUAAAUCAAGCAGAAGUACUAUUUUUUUAGUGACUAAACUAUCCAACUGUGUUGUAACCCCCAAAAUAACAGAGCUAAUUAUAUUUUUAAAUGUCUGUGCUGCCUCUCCGUCAAUUUGAGAUGGCUCACAGCCAUCCAUUUUAAAUGCAGCGCUAAUACAGUCAAUACAAUCGAACAAUUCAAACACAGUGUGUGUGUGUGUGUGUGUGGCCAGGGGAAGCUGCUGUAGCACAAGGCAUUCCCCCCACUUCAUUUAUCCUAGUUGGUAUCUGUACUGGAUUUGAAUCAAUAUUACGUAUGUGUUAUUGAUGUGUGUGUAAGGUAAAGGGACCCCUGACCAUUAGGUCCAGUCAUGGCCGACUCUGGGGUUGCGGCGCUCAUCUUGCUUUAUUGGCCGAGGGAGCAGGCGUACAGCUUCUGGGUCAUGUGGCCAGCAUGACUAAGCCACUUCUGGCAAACCAGAGCAGCACACGGAAACACCGUUUACCUUCCCUCCGGACGUGCUUUCGAACUGCUAGGUUGGCAGGAGCUGGGACCGAGCAACGGGAGCUUACCCCGUCACAGGGAUUUGAACCGCCGACCUUCUGAUCAGCAAGUCCUAGAUGUGUGUGACAACUUGUGUAUAUAUAAAACGUGUGGGGGUAGCAACUUGGGACCAGUUUACCUACAAAAUUGCCUAUGCCAUAUGUGCCCAUUUGACUCCUUCAGUUGGUGGAAUUGGCACUUCUGCAGGUGCCUAAUUAUACCCCUUCCACAUUUGUAAAAACUCAGUCAUUUAGAGCGGCAGCUGCUGCAUGUUGGAACUCACUGCCCAUUGAGAUCAAGCAGGGCUCCUUCACUGCUCUCUUUUCUGCACCUGCUAAAAGCAUUAUUGUUUAGACAAGCCUAUUCAGAUGCUUAGAAAUUUUAUUUUGUUUAGUAUUUUAACUUGUAUGUUUUAAAGCAGGGAUGUGAAUUUUUCUUGGAUUUUCUUGUUUUAUCUUUUUGUAAACUGCUUUGAGGUUUCUUGCAGUCAAAUGGUGUAUAAACUAUAUGAAACAAAUGAAACACACGCAUAUGUACAUACACGUGUCUUAGGUGUUUUUCAAUAUGCAAUUGUUCUGUGUAUGCUUUUAUUGCACUUUAAAUCGCUUUGGGAUGUCUCAUGGGACGUGAUUUAUAAAUGGAAAUAAAUGAUAAUAGUACUGAAAGUUAGAACGUGGGGAGCCCACAAAGUCCAAGUGGGUCAAAAGAAAAGGGGUGGACAAGCUCCUUAUUUAAGAGGCUUUGUAUAGUGGAUGCAUCCCCCACUUCCCUUCCUGAGGGCAGAAAGCAGUGAAAUGAGCGUUUGGCACUGUGGACAAACUUAGGGCUUUUGCUUGCAAGAGAUUAUUUUGCCUGUCAGACCUAGACUGCCUUGUAAACCCCUGUAAUCUGAAGCUCAGCCCAGGGCAGGCUAAUUUUACUAAUGCUUCCCUCUGUUGCCUCGUCCAGCACGGAUCUUUCCACAGGCUCUGCCUGCAAUCUGGGAAAGCACCGGAGUUGGCAGGCACCCAGAGAAGACCAUUUUUAGCUUGGCAAAUCCUCUCUGAGCCGCACCCAGCUUUCUCUCUUUGACUGGCUCCGAUGCAGCACCGCAGCAGAAGGUUAAUUGCCAGAGGCCUUGUUAAGGUCACUGCCAGUUUUUUAUUUUAUUUUAUUUCUUUACCGAGCAUUGUCUCAGGGAAACAAUGGCUGCUUUGGGCGCGAGAGAGCUGCUCAAGGGAGCUGUCUGCUGAACAUCCCGCCAUUGUCGUAAAGCAGAAGCAGCUUAGGCCUGUCUGAUAUUGUUACCCUGAGCGAGGUGGGAUGAAGGCAGCUCGUUCUGCGUCUUUCAGUUCCAUAAUCCAUGGACAAAGACCACAAAAACAAAAAAAAGGAAACACUGCUUAGCUCUAAGAAACUUGAAUGCAAAAAAAAAGGGGCAGUAUGGUAUAAGUCAAUACAAUAAUGAUAGUUUCACAUUAAAAUACAGUGAACCAUAGCAAUGCAAUUACUUAUGUAUUGACAGCCAGUCCUCAUUAGCAGAAUCAGUUUUGACAUCCUUUGUGUGUUUUGACUCUGAUGGUCUUCCUCAGAGGUGUACUCAGUGGCAACCCUUUUGAGCAGUGAUCGCCAAUGUGGUGCCCUCCAGAUGUUUUUGAAUGACAGCUCCCAUCACCUCUGACCAUCAGUCAUGCUGGCUGGAGCUGAUGGCAGUUGGAGUCCAACAUCAGGAGGCCACCAUGCUGGCUACUCCUGAUUUUAUGUGACCACCUUUUCAUCUUCAGACUUGCCAGCUGCCCCAAAGACAUCUGUUACCUUAAAGAGAUUCGACCUCUUGGUACAUUUUCCCAUUCCGGAGUCCUUUGGACCUCUGAUACUUCCCUCCUGUUCAGUGUCCCAUUUAACAGUCUUUUCCCUAUGUUCUGCAGCAGCAGAUCCACGUUUCCUGCUGCAUCACAUGUCAAAGGCUGUUAAACUAGAACUCAUCCUUGGAACAAGUGGGAGCCGCAGCCAAUCCUGGUCUCCUAAUAAGUGCAUGUACACACAGGUUCCACUAUCCAAACACACGUUAUACAAAAAUUCACUUAUCCAAACACAAGGAAAUAGUACCUGCAGACCUCACAAUACACACCGCAGAUUCAGAUAUCCAAACAGCCAGACUUGCAUGUAGUGCUGUAAACAAACAAGCAGCCUUAAACAAGCCUUACAUUUUGUAUUUUGCUGGUCUGCGGCAGCUGUGGUGAAAAGGAGGGAGGGAGAAGCAGAGCUAGGAUGAAGAAGAGUGCAUUUUUCCUUCCUUGUUUGCUUUUUGCAAGGUUUCAGAUGGUUUUCCUGGUUUUUUUCAACAUUUUCCAGCCAAAAUUCCAUAGUCAGGAAUGCAUUAGAAAUUUUCCCAUUGAAAUCAAGGGAAAUUGUCAGCUCCUUAUGUGAACUGUUGUACACACACACACACACAAAAUGCAAUGCGUGAAUCAGCCUUCACUGAUUCAGCCUACUAAAAUCCUGGGGUUUUAGUAACUUCCCUCCUGACCAGCGUAGGUGUCGUAACACUAAAAGGCCCCUGGCCAAUUAGAUCUGGUUGAAAUCACCUUCUCUCUCCCUCCCAACUAGACAGUCUGCAGGCAUUCAGCCAAGGAGUCACACAGUGAGGCUCCUAAUCCUCUUUCUUGUAAUUCCACCAUUGUCUGACUGCAGAUGGGGAAAGUUGCAUAGGAGUGAUGUGUCUCCCAAACUCUCCCACUCAGCGUCGGAGGCUGGUACAUCCUAUAUCCUAUUUUGUUCACAGCUGGAGGAAGGCGAGACCUUAAUUGAGAUGGCUUCUCUGCUGUAGAACUGCAGGCUGUUGCCUGUGGUCCAUAGGUCCAUAGUUGAAGACUGGUGACCCAGCAUGUAAAUACUUUGCCUGAAAUGACCAGUCAAAGUCUUUUUGGUGUUCAUGGAGAUGUCUAUCCCCGCCUUCUCUCUCUCUCUCUCUCUCUCUCUCUCUCUCUCUCUGCCUGCAUGGAGCUAAAUAGUGAUGAAGGGUCUGUCAGUUUUGGUUCUUUUAGUUUCUCAUCCUCCCCCCCUUUUAAAUUCAGUUCCCCGCAUUUCUGUAGAAAUUUGUUUGAGUAUUUUUUUUAAAAAAAGAAACAUCCAUGAAGAUUCACCAGCAUUUUAAUGCACAUUUCUCUAAAUAAACACUUUUUUGUAUGCAGUCUUCACUAACACACACAUUUUUGCAAACCAUUUCCACUAAUCUUAUGCAUUUUUGUAUUUUAUUUUCAGUAAUAUAUCUUCAUUUUCAUGUGCUCAUCCCCUAAUACAUGCAUUUUUUUGGCUGGAGAACUGCAUCGUAACGUUUGUACAAGUGCAAAUUUUGAAGGAUGGCUGUGCUUUGGUUCUCAAACUAUUUGCCUUUAAAUCUUUUUGUAAACUGCUUUGAGGUUUUUUAACAAUCAAGCGUUGUAGAAAUUUUAUGAAAUAAUUAAAUAACAAUAAAUGUGAACUAAACUGAGCUCCUCCCCCAUUCCUCCCACAUGGUGGGCAAAAGAGCAUUCAUCUGAAUACGGCAGCAUGCUGUGUCGGCACCAGGCAUUUUUCACAUAAUCUGGUCCCGAUCUUCUCGGUUUCUGGAUUUCUUGGCUUCUCUCUAGCUGAGAUCUCUUGCUGCCACCUACACCUUGCAGAAGAUAUGCGAGCAAGCAUUCAAAUCAACUUCCCAAUAUGUUGAUUAGAGCAUGCACACACCUGGGCCCUCUUGCCUGUUCCUAUUUUUGUUUUCCUUGCAUCGCCUUGCAAGCCAAGUAUGUGUUGAAGCCUACAGCUCUUUACUCCCGAUAAUGACAUGAAUACAACACUCCUGUGUGUUAAUGCUUCACUUCUUUUAACUAACAGAAUUUGCUCAUGGCUAUAUCUUAUUGUGAGCCCUGCACGACCUGUUCGCUGCUGAUCUGGUCCAUGCCUACCUGGCCUGAGAGGGCAGGGGCCUUGGCUGACUCCAGCUACAAGGGAUGCUUCUGCAGUUCAGGAUGUCUAGAGACCAUCAAGGAUGGGAUAUUGCUUAGAGGUUAUUGCUUGGAGUCAGAAUUUAUUCUUGGAGUUGCAUCUAUUUCGCUUUUUAUCAUGACUGUGUUCUUGCAUUUGUAUUGUUAGACUUUUAUUACCGUUAUCAGCGGAUUGUUUAAUUUUGCUGUGCAUUUAUUCAUGUGAAAUGUUUUCCUUAAUUUAUUGUUUAUACGACUAAUUAAAUUUUGCUGUGUCUUUUAACUGAAAAUGUAAAACUUUUUGAUGUGAGCCCCCUUGAGCAGGGCUUACUAUAUCUCACUUUAGCUUCAUAAUAACAACCCUGUGAGGUGGGCCUGGCUCAGGUAGCAGCCCACUUCACAUGUCACGUUAAGCUAUAGUGUAAAACAAACUAUGGUUUAAUGUGUAUGAGCAGUGUGGUGCUCAAAAGUUCCAGUGCCAUUCCACCCCCACUUCUGCUGCGGCUGCACUGCAGUCAAAACAAAACAGAGCCUGGUUUGUACUGUCUGAACUUGGCCUUGUGGUUUGUUUCGGUUAUCUAUGGUUUGUUAUCAGGCAAAGCAAACAAUCAGGUUCAGGUAUGUGAACCUAAGUCUGCCAAGCCAAGGGCCACCUUGCUAACUACAAUGUUAUUAUGUGGCUUUCAGCUGAGUCUGAUAGAUUGGAUAUUAUGCUGUGUAUGUGCUCAACACAGCUGUCUGCAUUUUUGGACUCUCCUAGGAGCUGUGACUAUGAGGACCCGCAUUACAACCUCUAGCACCAAGAUUUCCCACUCCACCAUUGGCUGUACCUCAGUGGUUUCCAGUCUGUGUUCCAAGAGGCCCAGCUAGCUGCAAACCCCUCCCCGUAGAUCAUUUUACAGCACAGCCCUAUUCAUGCCUACAUGGAGAUAUGUCCCACUGAGUGCAAAGCGUUGCAUACAGCAUUAGUUUCUCACCCCCUCUUUCAAUUGCAUUCCCCUUGCAGAUGAGGGUAGAAAGAUUCCCCCUCUCUCUCUCGCCUCCCUCUGUGUUAAAUGCUCCUGAUGGGCCACAUUACUAUUUAGGAGAUUUAAUAGCUGGGUCAACCUGACUCAACAACCAUGGGUUCAAUGAUCCUUGCGAGAUGACACGGAGGAACUUGGUGUUUGCUCAGCCAUUUCUUUCCUUGGAACAAAGUGGUGCAAUGCAGCAAAUAUGCAAAGGACUCCUCCCGUGGCAGCAGGUGGAUGCUUCACUUGAUUUUAAGCCUGGAGGCUGAGUGGUGUGCAAUAUAAGCUGCUCGGAUGAGGUGGGAGCCUGGUGCUUUAGCACAGAGCCAACAGCUUUUGUUGUGACUUUACGUUGUGUGAUGCUCUCACCCUCAUACCUGCAGAAAAUAAUAAUGAACUUGAGCGUCAGGUUGCCCAGAACUUCAUUGAAAGUGUGGGCGGAUUAAAUUGGUACAAAUCAGUGGUUGUUAGCAGCCUUCCCCAGCCUGGCAAUCUCUAGAAGGUUUGGAGUACAAGUCUCAUCAGCCAACUGGGGCUGAUGAGUUUGCACUUUGACAGCAUCUGGAGGGCACCAGGUUGGGGAAGGCUGGUAUAUUGGCAGCUGUAUAAUUGUCACCUAUUAGGAUAACAAUGGAGUCUGUUUGCACAGGAGCAGAUUGUUCUUUAGAAGUUGCAGAUAUCAUCUUGACUCAAUAUGUUGUAAUCCCCUAGUGAAAAUUAAAAGCUAUACUAAUCCUGUAUCAGCUGUCUGGUGUUAGCAAGUUUUCUUUUUGUAUUCUUAUGUUAAGUAUGUGUGUAUUUGCUUCCGUAAGUAAAUAAGAAGGUGGCACUGAAGUUGUGUGUGUGUGUGUGAGAGAGAGAGAGAGAGAGAGAGCAACAUCAGUAUCAGUGAUGGGCACAAAUUUGCAGGGCGAGGUAUCAGUAUCUCUUGCUCAACAGAGAAUGCCCUGCCUGCUGCAAUGUUGGCCAGGGCCAAUGGGGUGGGGCAGCAGAAGCUCAGAAGGAACCUCCAAUCCUGACACUUGUUAAGAAACUUAGCAAAUGUCAAAAAAUCUUAACUUGUUUUUAUGUGCAUCUGGGCAAAAUGUGACACACUCAGUUUAGAGCUGCAGGUUUAAGCAAGUGUACGAAGUGAUUGGGUAAAAGACAUACAUUUUUUCUUAAAUAAGAUUUGGUCAUAUGAAAGAGUUUAAAAUGGUCAUAAAUAUUAAUAGAAAUAUAUAUAUUCAGAUGCCAGAAAAUUUGGCUAUGCUGGUCCACUGAUAAUAUAAACCACUCACUCUUUUUAAUGCCUUUCCCCCUAUAUCAUUUACUACUACUGUACUACUACUACUACUACUACUACUACUACUAUUAUGGCUUGGGUCAUCAAAAGCAGGAAUUGGCCCGAGUGUCUCAGGAUCUCUGGUGGGCGCCUGCCACCUACAGCAAUUAACCCCAGGGACUUCAAAUCGGAGUCCCGUUCAGCUCCAGGGUCAGCAACACCAAGAGCCCUGGCCUGCCCUUCAACCUGAGCUCAGAAGAAACCCUGCUGGAUCUGACCAAAGGCCUACCUCGUCUAGCGUUCUGUUCCCAAACAGAUGCCCAUGGGAAGCUCAGAGGAGAUGAGCACAACAACCUUCUCUUGCUGUUGUUUCCCAGUGAAUGGUAUCUGGAAGCAUACCGUCUCUGAUACUGGAAGGUCUAUACAGUCAUUGCUAGCCUUAUCGAUCAUGAAAGCUCCCUUCUGUACAGCAGUGUUGACUCCCAACAUAAUGUGUGUGUUUUCUUCCCCUCCAUGUGCAGGCCCUGUUAAAAAGGAAGAUCGUGGAGCUGUUGAUGACCUCUGACAAUAAAGAUGGGCUGGCCGCUGGCUUUGUCUCAGGAGGUACGUGGCAUUGUGGUGUGUUUGAAUGGGUAGACUAGAGCACACCUGGGGUGGGGGCACAAAUGGGCCAGUGUAUGAAUCUUUAGCAGAGUCUCCAUCCCCAGCCAUAGUUAAUAGAGCAAGUUCUGCAAAUAGGGAAUGGGAAUCAAUCAAGCUCUCUCUCUCUCUCUCUCUCUCUCUCUCUCUCUCUCUGUGUGUGUGUGUUUGUGUGUUAUUAGCAGUUGUGAGUUGUGCAGCACUUAGCUAUCAAUUGCACUUGAGUAGGGGAUGACUUAAGGUGUUACUUUAUAGGAAUGGGCAACUUUGUGGGGAGAAGAGUCCCAAUGGCCAGAUAGGGAGGCCUGCAUUUAAUGCCCCCCCCCCCGCAUGCCCGAGGGUCCCCACUCCUGCUUUGUCUCGUUCGGGUUGGACUGUAUAUUGCACAUGUGGCCUGGGAAUGUUUUGGAUUUAAAGCUCUUUGCGGCAGGGGGCGGGGAUCAUGUUUUGAGAGUGAAGGCCUUUUGCACUUCUUGCUUCAAGGCUAUCUAAUCCCCGCACUCGAUAUCUCUUGAAUUCCACUUUGGCUCACUUUCCAGCUUCCUUCCCCAGCCCUGGACCUCUCAGAUACCUCUCUGGUCUUCUCCAUCUUCUUCAGCCUCCAGUUCGUAGUGUCCUGUGCCUCCUAACUUUGCUUUUUCAAGGUGGCUACAUACUGUGUGGUUUUUAUUGUUUUACCUCUCCUGGCCACCAGUCUCCUUCACAGUUUCAGCUUUGCUGAAUUUCAGAGAUCUUCAGUGAGACAGUGCAUGUUCCAUACACUUGAGUCUGGUUAGCUGGUGAAAAUAAGCUGACACAGCCUUUCUUGCUUCCUGCUUUUGUGGGAAUAGGGUGAGGGAGUGUAAAUGCUAGCUCUCUAGAAUCCCAACGGUGUGGCCUAGACAUUUGCAUAGCUGAAUUCACAUUAUUUGAAGGAACGUGAUAGGUUUUUAUGGAGUUAUUAGGUUUUUGUUUUUGUCAAAGGCGGUGUCUAGUCCUCAUUGAGGUAGAAGAGGCUUGCAAGCCUCAAGACCCAAGUCAGUGUAAGGCUUAAAAAGCAGAGGGAAUUUGUGUAUAGCUAUUAGGACCCAAUCCUCAAUUAGUGGACUGUGAGCCCCAACCUGCCAUCUCAAUGCCAUGUGCAUUGCCUGCUGCCCCCAGUGGCUUCUGACCCUACAUGAAAGCUGAACAUAUCAUUUAAACUUUCCGGCUCCAUAAUGUGGGCUUCCAUUUUUAAAAAAGGUAGUUAUUUAUUAAAUGUACUUUUCUCCAUUAGCAUGCUCACGGCACCUAACUCAAUCAGAAUUGCAGAAACCACUUAACACUAAAUCAAAUCAAAACGCUAAACAUCUUAUGAUAACGAGUCAUGGAAGUCUGAUAGAAGAUUGAGAACCGGCCCCUCUGUCAACAGCUGGCGGUUGCUGAUGUUGAGUGGCAGGGCUGGUCCAAUGGGAGGCUGUGCUCGGCCCCCUCUGAGGGCCUUGGCUUGGCAGUAUCACUGUGUCAAAGUGUGUCUCAGAGGUAGCGAUACUGGAGGCCUCCAGAUGUCAUUGGCCUUCAGCUCCAAUUAUCCUGAGCCAACUUAGCCAGUGGUUCGGAAUGAUGGUUGUCAUAGGACAUCUGAAGGCCACCACUUUGACUAUCCCUGGUGCAACACUUCUGUAUGUUUUGUCUGCCAUUGCAUGCCUAUGAUUUGGACAACUUAUUUCUGCUUAAAACAGGGGUGGGGAACCUGUGGCCCUUGAGACUACUGGCUGGGGCUGAUGGGAGUUUGGACUUCAUCAACAUCUGGAGGGCUGCAAGUUCUCUAUCCCUUACCCUUUGGGGAGGAAGCCAUUUGAAUCAUUCAACCAUAUAGAAUAAAGCCUAAGGUUAUUUCUGCUCCCCAUUAAUGCCCCCUUGGAAACUGAGGAUCAAGGUGGGUGGCAGUGCUGGGAGUCACUGAAUGGCUGGAGCAUAUUGGCAUUCACCGCCACAGUCUUGUGAUUGGCCUAGAAGAAUCAGAUGAAGGAACAGAGACAUUUUUUUCACUGGGUGGGUGGGUGAUAAACUACAGUUUCCAGAAUUCUUUGGGAGGGGAGCUCCAUGCUUUGAAUGUGUAGUGUGAUACACAACCCUAGUCAUGUUAUUUGGGCAUCCUGGUAUUGGGGUUCUGGGAAGCUGGAAGGACAUUUUAAGGGGAGUGAAGUGUCUAGUUUUAUGAGGACACACCGGGGACGAGAAGGAUUAAAUUAAAUAGACUAUUUUGGAACAUGAUUUCUUUUAUUAUACUGUUACGUUUCAGAUAACAAAACUAUGGUGUGCAUGUGUUUUUAAAGAGUGUGUAAUGCUGUCUUAUCCAAACACAAGCUGUAUCUGCAUCUCAUGCUGAUUCUUAGUGGUGCAACCAAAGUACUCAAAGCCUCUCAGGAUUAAGUUUAAUGGGCUGAAAUGGCUUUUUGUAUUUUAAAAAUCAAAACUGUUUUCCUCGUGUACAAGCCACUUAGCUGGUUCCCCUUGCUUCCUUUUUUGUAACAACUCAGUGCACCCUUUCAUUAUUAAAUUGGAGCUUAAAAACCAGAAGGCUUAAUUAAAGUUGUGCAAGCGAAUUGCAGGCUGAUAAUGGAACCCCCUCCUUUCACCCCCUCACCCUUUGUUUUAAAUGGGUUCUUAAAGUGAAGGCAAAAUGCCACUAGGAUAGCAAAAGAGGGAAGGUCGUUCAUAGAGGUGGAGUUGUAAUUUUUUGACUUCCCUCUAGGAAAAGGGCUUGAUCUGGUUGUUUAUGGUGAGCAGGAUAAAAUCCUGUGGCCCCCAGCACGUUACCCCCAAGGAAGUGUGGCCAUCAACACAUGAAAGGUUCUAAUUAGGGCUGCCCACAGGUCCCCUGCUCUGAUCUGUGGUCCAACCCAAUGCUUCAAAGAGGCUCUGCUCCAUGGCUGCUCCUGAUCCAGGUCCUAAACUGAUUUGGAAUUUUUUUUUGGUGGGGGGAUGGAGAAGGAGGAGAUGGAAACAUGACUUUCCUUUUCUCCCUGGUGCCCCUUGACCAUAUAUUUAAGCAGGGUUUUAACUCCUAAUUAAACAUGUGGUUUGGUGGAUGGAGAAGGAAACAUACACAAGGGUGUCUGUGUGUUUCCUUCUCUGCACCUUCCUUCUCUUCAGAAGAUUCCCCUCCCCCCUGCCCGACAACCUCAGGUUGCUCCAGGUGGACCCGAUCCAACCCAGGGCCAUCUAGGGCUGCCUCAACGCGAUCUGGCUAGAUCCCAGGACUCAAAUUGACCUGAUUCAGUUUUGGGGGCACACCUCUAGUUCUAAUUUUGUGUGUGGAUGUGAAGAUGGCAGAGUUUGUUUGCUGCUCAUUGAUCUUUUGCAAUUAUUCCUUGCUUAUAUUAGUUAAAUAAUAAUAACAACUUAGCAACUCUUAUUGUAGCACAGUAUUUGCCCUUUUAAAAUCCAGGUACAUUUAACCUUCAUGCUAUGUUAUUUUAUGUGGAAACUGUAUUAAAUUUUAUUUAAUUGUUGAAAAAUACAAGUACAGGUGGCACAGCCUGUCCCUGGGAAUUGGCUAGCAUCCUGUUGCAUCCCAUCCAGGUCUGACACCUUCUUGUUAAAUGACAGAACUUCCCAGCCCUGUCCACACGGGGUCACUCUCUCCCUGCCAGUGGGAAAUUGGGAUCAGUGGUGUGUGUGUGUAAGUAAGGGGGGAGAUCAGUUCUCAUUUUUCUCUGCUUCCUGCGCAAAUGUGUUUACUGCCUGAGAGCGCACUCGUUUCUCUUGUUUGGAGUUGUCUCCUCCAUCGGGCUCAUGUGACAAGUGCGCCUUGAUCCCAGCUCGUGCUUCGGAUGUCACAACAAUCUGCUCAUUAGAGUCAACAUGUCAAGUAAUCAGGAGUGCGGAAUAACUAGGGCUCUGAGUGAUGCGGCAGAGGCAAGGUGGCUGUGAGAACACACAAAGAGCAGAGGUAAUAAAAAGCAUGCUUGGAAGAGGAAAGAAGAGGAGGUUGCCUUGUCUUCUUGCCUGCAGGUGAAAAAAGGACCCUGGCUUUUCUUUCCUCCUGAUGGUUCCCAUUGACACCAUGGAGUUUGCAGACAAGGCCAUCUUUUGACAGAGCCCUGAGUUUUUGAAACAUAGUUGUCCUAAAAAAAAAUCAGCUUUCUGAACAAUCAGCGUUUGCUUGUUUUUUGUUUUAUUUAAAGAGCAAGCUACUAGAUCUUUGUAAUUUACCUACCCAAAAAUACAUUUUGUAUAUAUGGAGAUAUGAUGCUGGUUUGUGGAUCAGACCUUUAGUUCAUCUGGCCGAGUUGCUGUCUAUUUCAACUGCCAGUGGUUUGCUCCGUUGGUAGAGCAUAAUGAGACUCUUAAUCUCUGAGCCAUGGGUCCGAGCCCCACGAAAAUAUUCCUGUAUUGUAGGUGGUUGGGCUAGACGAUCCUCGUGGUCCCCUCCAAUUCUGAUUCUUUUAUCGCCACCAUAGUGCAAAAGUCAUCUGUGAGGGGGCAGAGCAGUUCUGAUCAGGGGUGUAGCUGGAGGCAGGACCUAUGAUGAAUACUGAGGGCCAGGCAGAGAGGUCUGGAGGGCUGCCCAUACCUUAGCUCAGGGUCCCCCAUCCAUAGUCUCUGCUCAGUUCUGUUUUUGCAGCCCUGUUGCAUGGAAUCUUUUCACUGACGAUGCCAGCAAUUGAACCUGGAACCUUUUUACAUGCAAAACAUGUGUCAUUCGAUGGCCUCCUCCAUGUAUCGCAUCCCACGCCUUGUGCAUGACUCAUUCAAGGUGCACAAAGAGAAGCCGCACACCCUUCCUGAGCCGCUGCCAUUGUGCAGCCAAUUUGUGGCUGUAAAGCAGAUAACACUGGAAUCCAUUCUCACCAACUUGGAUGGCUUUAAAAGAGGAUUGGACUAAAUUGUGGAGGAUAAGGCCUAUCAGUGGCUACUAGUCAUGAUGGCUAUAGUCGGCCUCUACUGCCAGAGACAGGAAUGCUUCUGAAUGCCAAUUGCUGGAAACCGCAGGAGUGGAGAGUGCUGUUGAGUUCAGGUCCUGCUUGUGGGUUGCUGCUUGGCCACUGAGAACAGGAUGCUAGACUAGAUGGAACACUGGCCUGAUCCAGCAAGCUCUUCUCAUUAUGCAUAUGGGGCAAGGGCAGUCAAACGUGCGAUGACCCCUCCCUUCUCUUUUCCUCCCCGCCCUCCCCUGUGAUUCUAGGGACUGUCACAAUUUUGUGGUGGGAUUCAAUCACAUACCAGCAAAUUCAGGUUGCCCAGUAUUUGGUGCUCUUAUGAAACCAACCAAUUUCCCCACCCAAAUCGAAUGUUUCAUGAUAAGAAAAGAGAUGGGAGAAGUGCGGGGUUCUGCUUGCUUGAUGCAAAGUCGUAAAAGCUCCCUGCAGACCUGUCAGAAGGAACACUCCGUAAGUGGCCAUCUCCACCUGGCUUCCCCACACACCGGUCAGGAUGAAUGCUCAACAAACGGGUCUCCUGGAAGCAACCUGGGAGAGCUGGCCAGUUCGUUCCUGUUCCAGUUUUACGUCUGCUUCCUGCUGCUGAGGCUAGGAAGGGCCUCGCCCUUGGAGAUGGGCCUCGCAACGGGAUGCAACUUCUAAUGCUACUGGCAGCUUUGGUGUGCGGCCUUUUAUCUCAGCAUCCCUAAUUGCUCUGCUAGUGCUAAUUAAGCCUUGGGACAUCCCCUUUUUUCUACAACCACCACCCGGUCUGUGAAGCAGGUGGGGGGAGGGUUGUAAUACUGCAAAUGUUUGAAGCUAGAAUUGUAAGGACUUUAGUGAAAACUCAAAGCAGUUUAAUAGUAAUUUCCUUUCCAUAAAUUGAACCCUGGGAAGAGUGUUGGGGCCGGGGCCGGGGAGAGGAGAGGAGGAAUCUGUAACUGAGAUUUGUCAGCACCUUCACCAAUAAAUUAAUAGGAUUAGGAGGGGGGCGGGGUGAGGUAAACUGGAUUAAACUGAAUUUAUUUGGGGGGGGGUUACACAUGUAUCCUGUCAUUCUUCCACCUUGGUACUCAAGUCAGCCUACAGGUCGCUCUCAGGCAGUCUCCCAUCCAGGCACUGACCAGAUCCAAACCUGCUUAGCUUCACCAGGGCUGUGGCCUCUUGUGCCUUUUGAUCAUAAGUCCCAUCUCUCAGGCAAAGCGCAUUUCACUCUUGCUUAAAACUCUCCAGUGGGAAGUUCCUACAAGUAUAGCAUGAGGACUGGCGGCUUGUUGUGUGAAACUGGAUGCUGCCGAUGCUUGUUAUCCCCUCAGGCCCAGUGAUGGUUCCUGCUCCUGGUCAAACAAGUGCAUUGUGGCCAACUGAUGCAUGUGUGAACUGGGUGUGGAUGAAAAUGAGCAGGAUGUAGCCAGGGCAGAAUUCUAUCCCACGGUUCAUGCCAACCCGAGUGUCUGUGCUAGGCUGGGAGGCAUGUUUUGAAUCGAAGGGGCAUUUGCCGCUAUUUAAACCUACCUGAAAUCUCCUUAUCUUCUUCUGUCUCCCUCCCUGCUUAGCUCUGGCCACUGUUAACUUUCAGAAGAUGGACCCAGGUAUCCUGUCAUACCUUGACACAAUGCAGGUAAGUAUGAAGCAUCCAAAGGGUAGACAUGCUGUUCUACUGCCCUUGUAUGUGGUGCUUCAGGGCUCUGAAAAAGAGUGCUGGAAAAGCAGGGAGGAAGCCUCCUUGUCUGUGAAAACCUGGCUAUUGAGUAUACAUUGGUACCUUGUUUGUCGAACAUAAUCUGUUCUGGGAGUCCGUUCGACACUUACUUCCAGAUUUGCGGCAUUCGGAACCUGAUUUGUUCAGAAGCCAAGCCGUUCGACAACCAAGGUACCAUUGUAAUGCAGGUACCAUUGUAAUGUAAUGAAGAUAAAUAAUCCUUCACUGACACUCUUUAGGCAUAGCAUGCUUGAAUUGGAAUAUUUUGAGUUGUGCCUAAGAGUUCCCUUGAGGAAGUUGGUUUUGUCCUUCAAAGCCUUUAAACCAGGAGUAGGGAAUGUGGUCCUCCCAACCUCUCUAUCUGGACCUCCAAAUUAUAGAGUAUAGAAGUGUGUAUGCAGAAACUAGUAUACUGCACAAACAUAAAAUUUGCAUUUGUUGCGCUACCCACUUUUUCUUCUCACACCACCCACCAUCAGGAUGUGGCCCCAAAAAGGCUGCCCAGAAGGGAAUGUGGCUGAAGAAGACAGUCCCUCACUCCUGUCUUGAACAGUCUUUCUGCUUGUUGCUGCCAAGACGCCAUCAAGAACCUGAUUUAAAAGCUGACUGGCCCAGCUUGUGAGUGUUGGUCCUGGCGCUGGGAUACUUCAGCUCAGAUCCUCCUUUGCAGAGGAUUCAUUGGAACAAAACCAGAACCCUCCCUUCCUCCUCCUUUCUCUUCUCUCACCUCUAUUUCUUCUCUGUUAAAAAAAAAAGGAAGAGCCCUGCCACACCCACACAGCAAGUCUGUAAACACACCAGACAAAGCGCUUUGCACACCAGAAAAACCGUAAAACCUGCAGUUGUAAAAGCCAGCUCCCAUUAUUCUGUGCAACUUUCCCAACCAACUUUUUAUCAUCACCAAAAAGCAAAACCCAGACUAGAGCCGUAUAGCUGAAUUUCCUUCCACCCCAGGGACUUACUUGAGUGCAUCCAUUGACUUUCCUCUGAAGAGAGAAAGUCAGUGGUGGUUGCUGUAAUAGUCGUGCACUUGGGGGAAGGAUAGGACCUACCUACUGCUGACACACUUUUGUUUGGUCUUCACCAGUGUGAGUUCCAAAAGUUCUGUGUAUGUGAGUUUGUGUGGGUUUUUUCCCCUGCAUGCAUGAAAUGUACCUCUAAGCUGGAGUUGCCAACGUGGUGCCAUCCAGGUUUUCUGGAACUGCAACUCCCAUCUUUCCCAACUAGCAUGGGCAGCGGUCAAGAACGAUGGCCGUUGUGGUGCAGCAACCCCUGCUCUAAGCACCAGUGUGUACACACCCACCCACCCACACCCACCCACACCCCUCAAGUCCUAUCAUAUGCAAAGUCGCUAUCAGGUUGGGCCCUGCAGACUAAUGGUCCUGGUAACAGCAUACGCAUUAGGGUGGCUCAGGCAUGUGGGUCGCAAGUGUGUUCGGGCCCCUUCUGAGCAAUUUGGACAGCAGGGAGAGGUUCAACCUAUGUCUGUCUCUCAGCGGUGCAGGGGGAACAGUAGGAACGCAGAGCGCCAACCUCUUCAUGGUAGAUUGGCUUUGUCACAAAGCCACCAGCAAGGUGUGAUUAAAUCAUUCCCCUCGCCUCAGUCGAAUCUGCAGCAUGAGGUCUGUGCUUGUCUAUCCUUUUUAGUGCUUAACAUAUCUGAAUGGCUGGUAAUUCCUUUUCUAAUAUUGAGCAAUCGAUUAAGCAAUUAAAGGGAACAAGACUUGGCAGGAGGAGGCCAGGCAAUGCGGUUUCCGUUUUCUGGCAGGUGGGUCCUUCCUAGCCUAGCUUGUUUAUUUUGUGGGGCGGCAGGGGGAUGUUCUGGGGGCAGGGAGGAGGCAGAGCGGGCCGUUACAAAGCCUGCUGCUGGCAAUCUUUCUCUUCUGCACUGGAGGCUGCAAUUUAAUUAUUCCAGCCCCAGGUUUCUCCACUCCCAUUAUUCCUCCUGCUCGGCUCAGUUCAUUGUCUUAGCCACAGACCAUAACAGUCUUUGCUAUGAUUGAUCCACAGCCAGAGGAAAGCCAGUGCAGUGCAGGAGAUCUUGUUUAUAAAAUAAAACUAAUAAUUAAAAACAAAAUUGCAAAGCACAACAAAAAUACUUUAUUGUAGAUUGUGUUGGCUGCAAACAACAACAACAGUUAUUCUUCUGGUAAAGGCCUGAGUAAAAAGAGAGAUGUCUAAAGCACAGAGUCAUAGGUGCUUAUCCAUUUGGCAAGGGUGCAAGAGUUCUACAGUGUUGGUGCAGCCACAAUGAAGGCCCUGUUGAUGGUGGCCCACAGGCUGAACGCAUGGCACCAUCAGUAAGGCCUCAUCAGCUCAGUACAGGGACUAGGCAGGGAUCUAGUGGACAAUGAGGUCUAUAAGAUAACCUAGUCCUGAGUUGUUUAGGGCUUUAUAAACUAAGACCUUGGCCCAGUAAAAGUAAAGGUGGCUCAGUUGCAAAUAUGCUAGCUGUAUAUUUGAGAUUGGUGGGGAUCCUGGUAGCCAGGCAAGUUGGCAAGCCAGAGGCAGGUAGGGCAAGGAGCAGGCCUGAUAAAAGUUGUGUUGGCUGGAGCUACCAAGGAAGAACCAGGUCACCUUCCCCAGCAACUAAUGGGUUGCACUGAGGCAAGUCACCAGAUCUGCAAGUUUUUUAUAUUUGGCAGCCCCUGAUUGGCCCUUAAUCUUCACCUGACUUCCCAGGCCCAGGGGAUCACAGAAUGAUUUCCACUUCACUUCACCAACCAGGAGCCUCAGUGAUGCAUUGAGCCAGUGUCGGAUCUUGCAGCAGGUGACACCCCGUGUGUACUGAAGUCUCUGGCUGCUUGUAGCAGUUCUCAUAACCUGCCAGGGAGGCCUGUUCCAGCCUUCUCAGCAGGAACUCACUUUACCAAGAUGAGCUGGCCACUAGCUUUCACGACUUUGCUGUGUGUGCGUGUGCAGGAAUUAAAGUCAUGAAGGAUAAGUCUGUCUACUGCAGACAUUAACUAAACAGCUAAGUGAAGCCUCUGUGCCGAGCAAUCAUAGAAGGCCACUGCCUUAAUGCCUUUCUUAUGAGCACCUGCGGGUAUUUGACUACUUGCUGUUGGAGUUUGAACAGCAAACCUGUUUCUGAUCCAGCAAGCCAGUUCUUCUGUUUUUACUGUGCACCAGCAUUAUGGAUUUGAGGUAAUGACCUUAGGUGGAAAUAAGCUGCACAUAAUACACUGUGGUUUUUCUCAGUGCUAGCAAAUUCUCUCUAGCUACUGCUUCUGGCUUGGUAGACCUGUAAUUUGCCGCUUGCUUGCUCCCCUGGGAUGACGGCUUGGGGAGAGCACCUAAGUGACAAACAAAGCCAAAGCGGAGCUGCUGGUGUGCCUGGCCCAAGAGAUCUGGAACUUAGCUGCCACCACGCCAGGCUGCACACCAGCUCUCUGUUUCCUUUUAGUCUUAAAGCAGGCCUAAUGAUCCAUUGCAGGGCUUAGUGAGCCCUGGUGGGCCACCAAAUAUGCAGCUUGGUGGCUUAUGUACUGGGCAGGCCUGCCUGAAAGGCUUACUAGCUUCUCUGGGCUGGAGGAAGUCAGAGAGAGAAGCACACAGCCUGGAGUGACCACAGUGAGGCAGUUCCCCCAUCUUUUUCCUUGGGGAUGGAGAAGAAAUUGGCAAUGCGUUCUUGGCCCCUGUUGCAGCAGGAGGGAGAGUGUGAGCAUCAUAUCUGCCAGUACCUCUCUUGAGCUUCUGCAAAGUGGCAGGAGGAAAUUAGGAGGCUACAUUCCAGCCACAUAAAACUCUAAGGAUUGCAUGUACUCACCUCUCAUUCCAAAGGCAUCCCAGAUGCAGCCAGGCACAAAUAUUUGAGCACAGCUGGUGAGUGGUGUGGCCAGGGGAGAAUUCCUGGAAGUAGCUAGGCCUGAGGUCCCUGCUUCUCCUAUAAACAAUUAUUGUAGGAAAACAGAGAGAUCUCAUCCACAAGGCAUGUGUAGAAGAGGGUGGUGUGUGUGUGCAUGUGUGUAGGGUGUUCAAAUUGGUAUUCAAGGAUUUAUGGGGCUUCAGGGCUAAAUUCACCACAUACUGACUUCCCCUCCCUCAAACCAGGCAGAGUUGAGCUUCCUUUUGUUUACUUGUUUUAGCCUUAGGUCUGGCUUAGUGCAUUGAGUGUGCUUCUUGGAUUGAUGAUUAGCAAAAGUAAAACCAGUAAAAUACAAUUGGAAGUGGCAAGGAAGUCUCGAAAUAAGUGCAGCAGAGUCGGCAGCUAAAAACCAGUGAAAGGGUCUUAAAUAAUAUUUUAAAAGUCUGGAAGAACAGGACCAGUUUGGCCGGGUGGCAUCCUUGUUAUCCUUUAGGUGGCAGCUAAACAGGUGUAGGGAGAGCAUUUGACCAUUUCAAUGCCACCACAGAAAACAGCCUCCCACAUACACACACAACUUCUGCCUGCUUAACCUCCCAAUGAGACCCUAUUUCAUGCUGUAUGUUUCAAGCAGUCAGCUCCUUGAGAUUAGCCAUUGCAGAAAGUUCUUCAGAUGAAAGCUGACAUGGAACAUUGGAGCAUAGGAAGCUGCCUUAUACUGACCCAGACCAAGAGUCAAUCUGGCUCUGUGUUGUCUAUAUUGACUGGUACCUGCCAUCCAGGAUUUCAGGCACUGCAUUCUCAGACUUUGCUAGAGACUGAACCUGGGACCGUCUGCAUUCAAAGCAGGCACUUUGCCCUGAGUUACAGCCCUUCCCUAUUUGCUGAAGAAUGAGCAAUGCUUGAAAACAACUUUGCCAAAUUAGAUAUUGUCAGAGCUGCUUCCAGAUCCUAGCUCACAGAGGAUCACGCUAGCCAGCGAUCAUUAAACAAAAGUCUUUAUUGAGUUACAGUUUCCAUUCUCAAGCUGCUGCGUGCAACUCUACGUCUCAUGCUUAGAUCGGCGAAGCUCCGUCUGAGUCUCCGCCCCUUGUACACCAACUUAAUAUCCUAGCCCUGCUCCACCUUUUCCGCCUGACUGUUCUUCUCUGGGUCCCUCUGCCCCCCGGGGUCUCUUCCUUCCGGGAUUCCUCUGACGCUGACGCUGACUCCCUGACUCUUCUCCCUCCUUUCGGCGAGCUUUAGGACCUGGCUCCCUUUCCGGGCUGCCUACUGCGCCACCUUCCUGUGCAUUUGAACUUGCGCGCGCGCCCAACCUUCCACCUUCCGUCUGACCGUUUCUUCGCUCCCCGAUGGGGGUGUGGCCACUCCUGACUCGUGCCCUCCCCCCUGUUGUGAGUUGCCAGCGCUUGAUCCCUGGCGCCCUUCCUCUUCCCUGCUCUCUGGCGGUGACGUUGGUCCCGAUUUCCAACUGCUCCCCUCUGAGUCCCCUCUGGCUCUAUCUUCCUGGGGUGUCCCCCUAGGCUCCCCCCUUGCCCUGGCCACUGGUGCUCCUUUCUGUGAAUCUUCUGAUUCACUGGAAAGACUCGGAGAUCUCGGGUCGUCGUCAUCACUCAUCUUUUCUUCUGCCUCCUCCCCUCGCUCUCUGUUUCCUCCCUUGCCCUUGCCUCUGCUCCUGAACCCCUGACAUCCAUCCCCCUCGAAGCCCCCUCUUCCCCUCCCCUCCUUCCGGUGCGGGAUCUGGGUGCUGCCGUGUCAGGGGACGAAUGUCGGAUACAGUUCGCUUCCCGUGGCGGGCCGCCAUCUGAAGUCUUCCGGUUCUUCCUCCCUGCUCUCGUUGACGACGGUCACCUCCGCUUCCAUCUCUGUGCCGCCGUGCUCGAAACCCGGGUCGUCCCCGAAAAAGUCCAUGUCCGUCUCUCCCUCGUUGCCUUCUGGAGACGUUGCUCGUCCUGGACCCUCCAGCCACCUUCUACGGAACUGCUCCUCUGGUCGAUCAUCCCACCAAUACGAGGGUUCUGAAGCAGAUCCUGAGGGUGACCCUCCGGGGAACGGGCGUCUCGUGUCGGUUCCUCGUCCGAGUCGAACCCCGGAACGUGCUGGCUGAAAGCGUGGGCGUGAAAAGCCAGUCGUCGAAAAGUCUGCUGGCAUUGGCCUAUGUGGGAAGAGGGCAUGAAACUCUUCUUUGAGCAGAGGUUCGUCUAAAGCGUAGCCCGGCACCCAGCUGUUGGCACUGGCCGGGGUGCCCUCCUUGGCGAGAAGGUAUUCUACCCCUCUUCCCCCCAUCUGGAGUCCAAAAUCUCCGUGACUUCGUUGAUGCGCUCCUCCCGUGCCACUCCCCCCUGCCCGGUUCUCUCUCGGAGCGGACCCGGUGCCGUUCCUGGUUCCUGAAACCUGUGAGGUGCCUUGUAGGGAGUGAGCACCGAUCUGUGGAACACCGGAUGCAUUCUGGAACCCUCCGGAAGAGCCAGCCUGAAAGCCACCGGGUUGACCUGUUCUUCGACUCUGGUAGGGCCCCAGUUGUUUAUGCCCUAGUUUCUUCUUCGCCAACGACCUGGCCGAACUGCGUGGGCUGCUAACCAGACCCAGUCUCCCACAUGGAUCUCUUCGCCAACCCUUCUGUGUUUGUCCGCUUGUACCUUGUAUGCGUGUUUAGCCAGCUCCAGGUGCCGCCGCAGCUGAUCGUGGACCUCCUGCAACUCCGACGCGAAUGCAUCUGCUGUCUGCGGCUCCCCCUCCCCCAGUCUUUCCAGUCCCGGGCCGGUGCUGGGGUGCCUCCCGUUGUUGGCGAAGAACGGCGUGACCCGCGUGGACACGUGCUUCGUGUUGUUGUAGGCGAACUCGGCGAGAGGCAGGUAAUCCACCCACGUCGCAGGCUGUUGAUUCGCAUAACAUCUCAGGUACUGCUGCAUGAUGGCAUUGACCCGCUCCGCUUGCCCAUUGGUCUGUGGGUGUCUAGCCGACGCCAGGUUGAUCUUGACGUCAGGAAGCCCAUCAGCCUCUGCCAGAAGUUCGAGAUGAACUGUCGCCCUCGGUCGGACAGAAUAGACCGCGGCAGACCGUGAACCUUGAACACGUGGUCUAUGAACAGUUUGGCGGUUUGUUCCGCCGUGGCCACCUUCGCACACGGAAUGAAAUGUGCCAUCUUGGAGAACAAGUCCACCACCACCAGCACAGCCGUCUUGACCUCGAGCUGGGCAGAUCCGUGACAAAGUCCAGGGCCACUCUCUCCCAUGGUUCGAACGGAGUUUGCAGCGGUUCCAGCAGUCCGGCCGGCGGUCUGUGCACUGGUUUGGCCCUCUGGCAGGUGUCACACCUCGCCACGUAGUCCGCGACUUCCCUUCUCAUUCCUGGCCACCAGAAGUCUCUGGCUACUAAUUCCACCGUUUUCUCCUUGCCAAAGUGCCCGGCAGUGGGCGCGUCGUGCAGCUGCUGCAGUACCUUGGCGCGAAGUUCGUCUCCCGGCACGUAGAUGGCCCCUUUACGGAUGAGCAAACCAUCUCGCAGCUGGAACUCGUCGGUCGCUGCCGUGCCCCUGUGCGCCUCUGCCAUCUUUGCUUGCGCGAAGGAGUCAUCCUGCAACGCCGUCGCACCGCCUCCAGGUCAACUGUCGCCGCCGUGCACGCCCACACUGUCGGUGCGAAGAUGUGCAUGGCGGCCGCUGGCGUUGCCUCCUCCAAAUACUGUGGCUUACGGGAGAGAGCAUCCGCCAUGAUGUUGGUGUCCCCGGGACAUACUCUAUUCGGAAGUCGAAAUUCGCAAAGAACUCAGCCCAACGUAUCUGCCUCUGGUUCAGGAACUGUGCCGUGCGCCAGUGCUCUAGAUUCUUGUGGUCCGUGCAGACCUGCACCGUGUGCUUGGCGCCGAUCAGGAAGUGCCUCCACGCUUUGAACGCUGCAUGAAUGGCCAGCAACUCCCUGUCCCAGAUGGUGUAGUUCUGUUCGGACUUGCUGAGCUUCCUUGAGUAAAACGCUCCCGGCCUCCAAACCCCUGCGGGUCCUUCUGCAGCAGGACUGCUCCCACGGCUCUGUCCGAAGCGUCUGUCUCCACCCUCAUCGGCCUGCUGGGGUUGACAUGAAGCAGUUGCUCUUCCGACGCGAAGAGACGCUUGAGUGCCUGGAAAGGACUGCUCCGCCUGCUCUGUCCAGAUGAACUUCUUUUCUUGGAGCUGAGCGUGUCCGUGAUGGCCGCUGUCUGCAUGGCAAAGCCUUUGAUAAACUUGCGAUAGAAGUUCGCAAAGCCGACAAACCGUUGGACCUCCUUCCGGUUGCGUGGGCUUUUCCAAUCCAACACUGCUCGGACCUUGGUGCUGUCCAUGGCGAGCCCUUUAUCAGACAACUUGUAGCCCAGGAAAUCCACCUCCGUCACGUCGAAUUGGCACUUCUCCAGCUUGGCGUAAAGCCUAUGUUGCUGUAGCCUGCUCAGCACUUCCUUGACGUGCCUGUCAUGCUCCUGCUGCGAUUCCGAAAAGAUCAGGAUGUCAUCCAAGAAACAGACGCACGUCUUGUAGAGGAGCCCCGCCAACACGUGAUGCAUGAAAGCUUGAAAACGUGGGAACCAUUUUGCAAUCCAAAAGGCAUAACUCUAUAUUCGUAGGUGCCCAGGGGCGUGAACAUGGCUGUCUUCCACUCAUCUCCUUCCCGCAUGCGAAUGAGGUUGUACCUCCUCGCAGGUCCAACUUGGUGAACACGCUGCCCUUCCGUACCUUUGCGAGGAGGUCGUCGAUUCGGGGCAUGGGGAAGUCCGAUGGCUUGGUCACGCUGUUCAAAAUGCGAUAGUCCACUACAAGUCUUUUUGGGGCGUGUCCCGCUUCUUAACAAAGAAUACCGGACUGCCCCCGCUGCCUUGGACUCUCGGAUGAAACCGCGCUCCAAAUUAUGAUCUAUGAACUCUUUGAGUUCCUGCAGUUCGUCCUCAGACAUGGAAUACAACUUCCCUUUGGGCAGCGCCGCCCCGGCAGCAGGUCAAUUCUGCAGUCAUAUGGUCUGUGGGGGUAGCCUGUCUGCCUCCUUCUCACAGAAAACCUCCAAAAAUGCUGCGUACUUGUGGGGAACCGCUUGCAGCGUGCCUAGCUGCAGCUGUGACUCCUCUUCCUCUCCUUCCUGCCGGGGCACGAUGCAGUGUUCAGCGCAAAAGGAAGAGCCGAAGGUCAGCUGCCUCUGGUACCAAGCCAGCGUCGGGCUGUGCUUGUCCAGCCAACUCAUGCCCAAUACAAUGGGCGUGUCCGAUAGUUGAGUGACAUUGAAGCUGAUGAUUUCCCUGUGAUUCCCAAGUCUCAUCACCAUUGGUGGCGUCUGCUUCACCACUUGCCCCCCUAGCAGCUCCCUGCCAUCCACCGUGACAACCUGCAGGGGCAGCGUGGCAGGCAGCAACUGUAUAGCGUGCCGGUCGACAAAGUCCUGCCCUAUAAAGUCCGCAUUGCUUCCGGAGUCAAUGGUGAUUGGCACGUCCAUGGUGAUGCCAUUGGGCAGCUGGAGCGACGCGGUGAGCCUCACUACUGGUUUGGGCGGGAGGGGGUCCAUGGGCUGUAAAAUCUCUGGGGACUGCUUCACUGACACGUCUGGCUGGGCCCCAGUGCCUCUUUCUCCAGCCAGACUCCGUCGCUUCCCUGCCGUGGUUCUCCUUGCUGCGUUGCUGCAGUUACCAUUGCUGAGGCUGCAGUGUGCUUGUGGAGCCUCUGGGGACACUCUUUCGCCAUAUGCUGUGGAUCAUCGCAGAUGUAACACUUCCUGUUCCCUCUAGGAGGCUUCGCUCACUGCUGCCGGUGCUAGGGCUCUGGCUGCUGACUGAGCCCUUGCACCUCCAACCUCCAUAGGUUCCGCUCCUCCUCCUGGCGGAGGCGUGGAUUGCGCACGCGCUGCUUCUCUGGGAAGGAAGGAGGAGCCCCUGGCUGGUUCGCGCCCUCCACGCCCUUCGUCCCUGCUCCACGGACGUUCUUCCAGCCGCACCCCCACCGCCAGCGCCCUCUGAACGAUCUCCUGCGUGGUCCGGGUCUCUCCCCUCGCAAUUUCAUCUUUAACCGAGCCGUGCAAUCCCUCCCAAAACAGGUCUCUUACAGGAGCCGAAUCUCUGUCCCAUUCCAGAGCACUGACCAAAGCGAAAAGCGGGCAUGGUACUGCCUUACGCUGGCCCUCCCUUGCUUCAGUCCAUGUAUCUGCUGCCGAGCAAGAUCCACGUCAAUGCUUGAUAAAAGCACCCAUCCAUCGCUUUAAUAAAGGCAUCCGCAUUUUGGAGCGCCGGAUCCUUAUCUCUCCACAAAUUGCGCAGCCAUGCUUUAGCAUCUCCAUGCAAAUGGGACAUGAUGAAUCCCACCUUCUCUUGCUCAUCUCUAAAGUCUUUGUUCAGCAGUUGCAGUGCACACAUUACAUCUGCUCUAAAGUUGGGGUACUGUUGCAAAUUCCCAUCGAAGUGAGAGACCAGACCGCCCGUUCGACUCCCCCACCCACUCCCCGCCGGUUUGGGUGUCAGUUGCCCUUGCUUCGUAAGCACUUCCAACCUGACCUGGAGAUCCCUGUAGGCGGCAGCUGCGUCCUCCUCUCUCUUCCUGGAUGCAAGAGCCUCGGCAUUCAGUCGUGACACUGCUUCUCUGAGUUCCGCUAUCUGCUGUUCGGCCGUCAUAUUGUCUGCCGUUCGUGAGCUCGCUAGUAGGCACCCGCUUCUCUCCUCUCCGCGAGGCCGUAGAUGCCCACAAUUUAGGAGACGGAGCUUACUGUCAGAGCUGCUUCCAGAUCCUAGCUCACAGAGGAUCACGCUAGCCAGCGAUCAUUAAACAAAAGUCUUUAUUGAGUUACAGUUUCCAUUCUCAAGCUGCUGCGUGCAACUCUACGUCUCAUGCUUAGAUCGGCGAAGCUCCGUCUGAGUCUCCGCCCCUUGUACACCAACUUAAUAUCCUAGCCCUGCUCCACCUUUUCCGCCUGACUGUUCUUCUCUGGGUCCCUCUGCCCCCCGGGGUCUCUUCCUUCCGGGAUUCCUCUGACGCUGACGCUGACCCCCUGACUCUUCUCCCUCCUUUCGGCGGGCUUUAGGACCUGGCUCCCUUUCCGGGCUGCCUACUGCGCCACCUUCCUGUGCAUUUGAACCUGGCGCGCGCCCAACCUUCCACCUUCCGUCUGACCGUUUCUUCGCUCCCCGAUGGGGGUGUGGCCACUCCUGACUCGUGCCCUCCCCUGUUGUGAGUUGCCAGCGCUUGAUCCCUGGCGCCCUUCCUCUUCCCUGCUCUCUGGCGGUGACGUUGGUCCCGAUUUCCAACUGCUCCCCUCUGAGUCCCCUCUGGCUCUAUCUUCCUGGGGUGUCCCCUAGGCUCCCCCUUGCCCUGGCCACUGGUGCUCCUUUCUGUGAAUCUUCUGAUUCACUGGAAAGACUCGGAGAUCUCGGGUCGUCGUCAUCACUCAUCUUUUCUUCUGCCUCCUCCCCCUCGCUCUCUGUUUCCUCCCUUGCCCUUGCCUCUGCUCCUGAACCCCUGACAGAUAUGUUUGUACACCCAUGGUUAUUGGAGCAGGAGCUCAGUGCCAAAGUGUUCAGCAGGGGCCGGGUUCAGUCCUUAGACUCUCCGCUUAAUGGAUCUUUGGUGGAACACAAUUCUGCUUGAGACCCAGUAAAGCCACCGCUAGCCUGAGCAGACAAUCCUGCACUAGGUGGGCCGGGGGUCUGACCUUGCUAUAAGGUGGUGUCAUAAGCUGCUGUGCCUUAUCCAGUUGUUGGGUGUGUUUUUCCAGGCAAGGCAAAUACGUACAUACUACUUGGAUUUGUUGUCAACUGCCUGUUUACCGAAAGGUUCCAGGGCAGCGUGUACAAACGUGUGACAAAAGCCUAAUUCAACCACAACAUAUAAAAUGCAAACAAACUGAAACUCAAAACAAACUAAAGGGCAAAUUAGGAUGAACAAAACCCUUAAAAAUGCAAUAACGCUACACUGCUAAAAUGCCUGGGCAAAUGGGAAGGUCCCCUCCUGACACCCAAAAGUUGUCAAUACCUCCCUGAGGGAAGGAUCUAACCCAUUCAAUUUCUUGUCCUUUUUUAACAGGACAACAUGCCCAAGAUGGUGAUGGAAUACUGGACUGGAUGGUUCGAUAGCUGGGGAGGACCUCAUAAUGUGUUUGAUGCAGAUGGUGAGUUGCUGUUCUCCCUCAUUUGCUCCACUUUCCCUUCUUCCCUUCCUCCUCCUCUUAUUUAUUCUUUUAGGGUCUGAAUUGCUCAUUGCCUGACACAGCUUGACCUCUCUCUUUACUUCUUUCAACCUCAUCAGAUGAAAUGGGUGGCACCCCAAGCAGGGCUGCUGCUUAAUAGUUAGUUAUCUCAGGGACAGGCCAACAUGGUGCUCUCUGGAUGUUGUUGGACUCCCAACUCCCAUAACACAGUCAACAGUGAAGGAUCCUGUGAGUUUCAGUCCACCACCAACAUCUGGAAGGUCACUGGUUCCUCACCCCUGCCUUAUCUCUUGGCCAGGCACUGAAUCUGAUGGUGUUAGGCACCUCCCACCUUAAUGGUUUUGAAUAGCUUUUUAAUGACUCCUGUCGUUGUGCUGCUGUUUUUAAAUUGUUAUGUGCUGCCGUUUUAAUUUCGUUCUCUUAGAUUUUUCUACGUCCUAAUGCAAUGUUAUCAGCUGCCUUGAGAAUCUUGUGCUGAAAGGUGGGUGUAAAAUGCUUUAAUAAGAUUAGCAUUUUGUUUUUUCUGGGGAUGUUCAGGCUGAGUGGGGAAGGUAGGUCCCUUUGCCGAGAGGAAUGGGGCUUUGAGUGGAGUGGGGAGUGGUAUCGGUUUGUUUUUGCUGCAGGGUUUGUUUUUGCAAAGUAAGGACGAAGCACUCCUGUGCAAAAUGAGUGUUAUUGUCAGGCAGGAACUGAGCUUGCAAGGCAGCAGUGCCACCAUGCAGAAGGGACUUCCCUGAUCCCGAUGUCUCCGUGGACACUCGUUGUUUGUACUGCAGCAAUACAUCAAGGCAAUUGCUAGCUCUGAGGCACUCUCAACCCUUUGCUUCCCUGCACAGAAAUGAUGGCAAACAUUGAAAAAGCCAUCAAAGCGGGGGCAUCCAUCAACCUCUACAUGUUCCACGGAGGCACUAACUUUGGCUUCAUGAAUGGUGCUCUGCAUUUUGACGAGUACAAGGCAACCAUCACCAGCUACGGUAAGGUGUCAUUGACAGUGCGUAAUUAAACUGUGGAACUCACUGCCCUGGUAGGCAAGUUGCUGGCCAUCAACCUGGAUGGUUUCAAAAGAAGGCUUGACAAAUUCAUAGAGGAGAAGGCUAUCAAUGGCUACUAUCUACAAAGGCUAUACUGUGCAUCCAAGGUCAAAGGCAGUAAUGCUUCUGAGGACUAGUUUCUGGAAAUCACAGGAGGAGGAGAGUGCUCUUAUGCUCGGUCCUUCUUGUGGGUUUCCCAUGGGAAUCACAGCUGGCCACUGUGAGAACAGGAUGCUGGACCAGCCAGUCCUGCAAGCCAGGGCUCAGUGGCAGAGUCUUUGCUUUCCUUGCAGAAGGGCUUCAGCUGAAAGCCCAAAUCCUGCUCUGGCUGAUAGCAGUUCUGCAAGGUUGUUGGCAAAGGGUCCCCCCACCCGCCUGCUGCCGCCCAUCACCUGUCACUUGUCCCUUUUAAGAGAGAUGUCAGAGGAGUGAGCCUGGAACCAUUUUGCAUGCAAAGUGUGUUCUCCCUCCCACUCAGCUCCUGUGCCACUGAGCUCCAUCCCUCCACAAGUGGGUUGUUGUUGUUUUGCACUCGUGCAGUGAUUUUACUGAUACGCGCUGGGUGGAGGGGAAGCUUGCCAAAAACGGCUGUGCUAUUUAUUUACUUAAGGCCAUUUCUGCACCACUUACUACAGGGAAGUGCUAAGAGGCAAGGGGGCGUAAGGGGGGCGCUGGAGGUCACUGGAUCAAGUUCAUCAGUUUUGUUGAAUUAGUUGAACUAAACAGUUUUAGUUGGAUUCAGAAUAAACGUGCAAUUAAUCAUUACUGUUUUGAAUUAUAUUGUGUUAUUUUUCUUAGUGGAUUGUGCAAACCACUGUUCUGAAUAAUGCUUUUUAUAGGGCAGCGUAGGGCACUGGGGAUGGGUUUAUGGAGCCAAGGGGGCGGUGGCUGGAAAAAGUUUGGGAACCACUGCUCUAAUAGCUGGCCUUAAAGCUUAGGGAAGGAUGGAGAACCAGAAGUCUCUAGCUUCCACCAGCCAGUCCUAUUUGGCAUGGAUUAAAGAUGCAAGGAGUAUUCACUCAGGAGGAAUGAGCUUUCCUGGUUAAGUAAGGCGGCCUGGCAUUUCCCCUGAGCCUGGCGUUCUUCCUAACUUUGACUACUGACCCUGCCUUUUCCCCCAGACUAUGAUGCUGUGCUGACCGAAUCCGGAGACUAUACUUCCAAGUUUUUCAAACUGCGUGAGCUUUUCACAGGCCUUGCAGGUAAUUUUGGGAAUGCCAUGUGAUUGUGGGUGGGAGGAGGCGCGCCGUCUCUGCUUCCUCUUAAGUGCCAGCCAGUGCCACAGGGAUGGAGCUUGGAAAUUGGCUCCCCGACAUGUGUGUGCCAGUCUCCCGCUGCUCCCCAUGUAGCUACAUCCUGUCGAUUAGCCAGGAGCACUUUCCGAAGCACGAGGAGAGACAAAGGGAGGGAGGAGCAUCUUGUUAUGGAAAUGGCCCUUUCAGCCGACUUCAUAGCAGCGGGGAGAGUGCGGCCGCUAAUAGCAGCGCCUGCCUGCCAGGGGAACGUUCCACGCCAGGGAACUUAAAUGCAAAUUGGAAAGAGGGAAACUGUUCAAAUAUCCUCUCCCCCCCCCCCGUUUAUUUUUGGGACUCCCGCCAGCAAGUUGAUGUACCGCUCUUGAGGCUUGCCACGCUUCUGCUUGUACGGUGCCUAGAAAGCAGGGGUCCAAAUGGUUUUCCACCUGUCCCACACUUUCUAAGCACGUGCCCGAGCGGUUUUCCCCUUGCCCUGCUCUUUUUCCAGGAGAAGUCCACUCUUUAGCUCUAAAUCAGAGCAAAAGUCAAUCUGGAGAAAACCCGAAUUGCCAUUUGCUCCGACUGAAACAGUGUGUUUUCCCCCUGGGGAAAGCAGCAGAACAAGAGGAAGUGUGGAUAAGCCCUUCAUUUCUCCACCACUCACAGUCCUGCAUCAGGCAUUGCCCUUGAAUAGGCUGACUCAAGGCACAGUUGUGGGCAAAAGACAGCCUCUGAGACGGUACUGAGCCAAAAGUGCAUAUUUAACUAGAUGUUAAUUUUUGUGACUGUCUUCAUUUUAUUAAAAUUGCCUCCUGUUUCUCGCAUAUAUUUUCCCCUCCUUGUGAAUGGAGGCUGUCUAGCACCUUUUGUUCCCUUGGCAGGGCUGCUGCUCCUGCUCCUGCUGUUGUUGCUGCUUCUUGGUGUUAUUUUCAUCUUUCAACAAUUCCAACCUCAGUGUUCUCUGCCUCAUUUGCCCUCACUGACCAUUAAUGCUUUUGAUUGUGGUGACCCAUGCGGUCUUUUGUCAGUGAUGCCGAAACAACAGGUUCUGAGUCUGACAUUAGGUUACCCCAGUUGCCCAUAAACAAAACCAUGUGGGGUCACCAUAGCCUAUUAGAUUAAAUCACAGUGAGGGCAAGUGAGGUCAGGGAGACUAAGGGCAAUGAAGAAGAAGAAUAGUGAGAAGACACAGUAAAAAAAUGGAAACAAAGUGGAGUUGAACCACACUGGGAAAUCACAAAUGUUUGGGUUGGGGUUUUUCCCCCCAGGGUGGUGUUAGUUCAGGUGCGGAGAAUAUGCUAAUUUCAAAGCCAAUAGCAAUUUGGGGCACUUGAGAAGUCACUUUUUUUUCUUUUUUAAAAAGAUAUGCCUCGUCCUCUACCUCCUAUAAUCUUAAACAAGGCAUCGUAUGGGGCGAUCCUGAUGCAGCAGUAUAUCUCCCUGUGGGAGGUGCUGCCAUCUCUGGUAGAGGUAUGUACUCAUUUCUAUUUUUAUUUUUUUGGGGUGGGACCCCAGACUGCAGCCUAUAAGAAGGAACGCCACAUGAGCCCAUGGCCACUUCUGGCUUUCAAGGCUAGUCUUGUCGCAAAACGUGCUGCGUAUAGCUCAAAUCAGUGUGGCAAAGACUUACUUCCCAACAAGAAGAGGCUUUGUGAUGAGUUCCCAACAUCCGUGCUUAAAGCUUGUCAACUGCAAUAUCUGUUGACUGCUUGCAUGCAAAUAUAACAUUUACGUGUCUCCAAUAUAUACUAGACACUACAAUUAGCAAGGCGUGAACAUGCAGGUGUGAGCCAGUCCUAAAACCCCUUCAUUGUUGGAACUGAGCCCUACCUUUCCACACACUUGGAACUAAGCACGCAAAAGCAGCGAAAGCUAAUGGCUAGGGAUGUUUCAAGUGUUUCCCUAACGGAAUGGUCAAGAGCACGGUCAGGGUAAGCAGAGCUCUGUUUACAGCCUGCUGUAAGUGGGGCUGUGCUCUCCCUGAUCCUGUGGCCCAUUGCCCAUCCCUUUCCCUGAUUAAGGCUCCUCAGAAACGUAGCCAUACUCAGUCAGUCCCCUUUUGGAGCAUUUCCUCCCCAACAGGUACCGGGCUAGGACUUCUGGUCUCAUCACCAUCAGUGUGAAAUGGCUUUUAUUUAUUUGCUUGUUUGUUUAUUGAAUUUAUAUUCUGCCCUAUACCCGGAGGUCUCCGGGUAGCUCACAGAACAAAACCAGAAUGCAAAAUCACAAAAUAUAUAAUCAAAAUAAAAACAACCCAAUAACUGCCCCCCAACCACAUUUUGAAAGGGCAUAGGAUGUCAAUAAGAUCAAUCAAAGGCCUGGUUAAAAAGGAACAUUUUUGCCUUGCGCAAAUAUGUAUAAUGAAGGCACCAGGCAAACUUCCCUGGGGAGAGCAUUCCACAGACGAGCAGCCACUGCAGAGAAGGCCCGUUCUCGUGUUGCCACCCUCUGGACCUCUCAUGUAUGUCUGAUUCACACUGGGAAGAAGGCCCCCAGCAAUUCAUUUUCCUGCUAAGGAAUCUGGGACUUGUAGUCGCAGUCAAGUGAGGAAAGACUCUCUUCUGGAGAAAUUGGCACCUCUGCAUUCCCUUUGUCGCAAUAUAAGGGAGUUUAAUCUGAGAAAUAUACGAAUCAAGAAACCCAGAUGAAAUCUUAUGGACUCAAGUUAAGAUUCUGUCUGCUCACCCCAGGGUUGGGAGGGGGCUGUUCAUAAAGCUGUUUUACUGUGCAGAGAGAGAGAGAGAGAGAACCAUCGAACUGCAUGGAACAUAUUCCUGAGUUAAGACACGCUUAGGAUUUUGUUGAAAGUUUGCGAUUUCUGCUUUGCAGCCCUUGAAAUCCGAGCAUCCCAUUAACAUGGAGAACCUCCCGGUGAACAAUGGGAACGGUCAAGCUUUUGGAUAUAUCCUGUACGAGACUGUCAUACCUGGCGGAGGAGAGCUCCAAUCACAUGACCAUGUCCGGGACAGAGCACAGGUGGAGAUUGUAGUCGGGUUAAGUCAACAGCCUCUGCUGAGGGUCUGGGAUGGGUGGGGAAGACGUUAAUGUUACUUUAAUUAACUGAGUGACCAUAAUGCAACCAUGUAAAUAAGAGCGUGAAAGUUAACUAGUGUGCAGAAAAAUAUAUGGGUUGGAAUAGGAAGGGUGGAGAACUCUGUCCCUCCUGCAGUGUCCAGUUUCAUUUUUAUUCUGGACGUAGAAGGGAGGGCUGUCCUCUUGACAUCCUGCUUUGGUUUCUGUGCUGGGUACAGAAGAGGGUUUCAAGCAGGAAGUCUCUCUCAGCCCUACCUGGAGAUACCAGGGAUUGAACCUGGUGCCUUCUGCCUGCAGAGCAGAUGUUGAGCCGAGCUACAGCCCUUCCCUAUGCCUGCUGAGGGUGAUGGAAGUUGGAAUCCAACAACACCUUGGGGGCUGCAGCAGGUGAGCCACUCCUGGCUUAAGCACAAGGCUAUUGUAAGGCUAUUCUCAGAAUGAAGACGUGUCAAAUCCCUGAUGUCUCACUAGCUUUCCACACACCACUCCCUCCCAUUCUCUGUGAAACCUAAGUGUUUUUAGACAUGUGCUUAAAGCUAGGGAUGUUUCCAGGCUGCAUCCAUUUUGCGUGUGUGCCCAUUCCGAAGUCUGUUAUACUUCCCAUUUUUGCAUCAGUUUGUGAUUUAAAAAGAAAAAUCAGUAGGAAGACUUGUAUCCACUUAAGCAUUUAAAUAGGCGUUUUAUCUCAGAGUGUGCAUUUCUAAACAUAUUUUAUCCUAAAAUAAGUAUUUUUUAAAAAUGCAUUUUUGGGUACCUUUUACAGGCUGAGAACUGUCUUGUAAAGAUUCAGAGAAGAGAGGGAGUCUCCCCAUUUGGGGAAUAGGCACAGAGAUGGUGACUUUCAUUGGUCCUCAUCCCUGUGCUUUUGAAGAUGGAGGAGCUACCAAGAGGGCCCCUUCUGCUGAUAUUUACACCCGAGAGGCUCUUUGGGGAAGAAGGUGGUCCUUAGGAUACUUAUUUUGUUACUGCAUAGUGUACCUCAGAUAAAAGCACCCGAUGAAGUACCUUGGCAGCAGAUUGUAACCCAGAGGGAGGUUUAUAUGGGAAGAGGCAUAGCGUCAGGUAUCAGCCACCCAAACAUAUCUGUUGAUCCUGCAUAAUCUGGAUUCUUUAAUGAAUGUGUUUUCCCCUAUUCUUAAGUGCUGUUUAAAUGAUUAUCAUAAUAAGCUUACAGUCAAAGCUUGGAAGAGACCCCAGCCAUCCCUGUUGCCACUGGGCGAGGGGGAAUUUCUGCUCCUCCCUCCAGCCCCUAAAUCCCCUUCUAAUCCUCUGGAUUUUCACAACUGACAAAUGAGGCUCUGGCUGUUUCUUUUCCCACAGGUGUUUCUUAAUACUCUGCAUAUUGGCUACCUUGAUUACGUCAAACACCAAUUGUCAAUUCCUGAUGGGCAGGUAAGCAGUCGGAAGGAUUAAGAGCGAGUUGCAGGCAACAAGUGCCAUUUGUAUCUCUUUCCCAGAUGUUUUCUGGUGGGCGCCCUCGCACCGUUUUUUGCAGGUAUGCCAGGCAAGUUGAAUCCAACAAGUUGAAUCUUAAUUUCAACGGGUCUGCUCUCAGGGCUCAUCCAAACUUCCUUUUGUGCUGCGUUUCUAGGCACAAGUCCAACCUUUAAAGCUCCAUGUCUGAGCCGUUUGAUUAUUAUUAUUUUGUCCCAGCAUUUAAAAAACCCAUGUUUUCCCCCUGAAUUGGAGCAAACCACAAUCAGGUUUUACAUGGAUUGCCAUUUCCUCCAAAUCAGUGGUAAAACGUGAGUUUUCCUGGGAAAAGUGCCAGGACAAAAAAAUCCCCUUGCUCGGACAUGGAGUUUUAUAGCGCCUGGAAAGAUAGCACAAUGGAAAAGGAAAUCUGAAUGAGCCCCAAGAGUAGAUGCACUAAAGCGCACUCUCCAACAACAGUAUUUAGGUUUGCAGGCUGAACCUGCAACUCCACUGGCUGAACUUUCCCUGUAGCCAAUUAAAAUUGCCCCCAGAGACGAAUUAGCUAGAGGUUUUAAUGAUAAAUCUACUGAUUAAACCCACUGAAGCUUGCUGCCCGAGUGUUUAAGCAUACAUUGUCUGCUGCUGAUUUUAUUUCCCAAGUUUGAAGAUAGAUGUAAUAGAAAAAGGAAGCUCCCAGUGUGAUCCACAGCCUACUUUUGCAAGAGAUGAAAUGACCAGUGUGUUGAUCCCUUCAUUUGAUUUUUCAAAAGCCCCAACCACCUGAUAAGUGUUUUCUUUUGGGUUUUUUUAAGUACGAAACUGCUUCACAAGUAGGAGAUUGCUGGAGAUUUCUUGGUGACAAGCCAAUAAGUGCUGCGCCAAAGCAGCUUCUGCUUUAACUUGCAACCUUUUAGAGCUCAGCCCUAGAGAGGAAUAGGUGUGAUAGGGUAAAGACAGAUGGAGCAUUUUUACCUACUCAGGGCAAAGACAGAUGCAACGUUAUUAGAGCAGUGAGGCUGCUCUGGAAAUGCUGAGAGCAAUCCAAUAUUAAAUCUGUCUUCACCCUAAGAGGCAGAGCAAAUUCUCUUCCUGCCCAUAUUUCUGCAUUUCUCUGUAUCUCCUUGUUCUUAGAUUAGGAACUGUCCUUAAUUGUUCCUUGCAGGGAUACAGGCAACUCCGGCUCCUUGUUGAGAAUCGUGGGCGAGUCAACUAUGGGCGCAAUCUGAACAACCAGCGGAAAGGUGGGCUGGGCUACUUCCCCCCUUGUUACAUUAAGGCUAAAGAAUCAUGUUUUUAGCGGGUUGCUUCACCAUUCUUUUUCCCCCCUUCAUUCCGAAGAUGCAAUAAGCAGGACUCUAUUUAAUUAUCUGCUUUUAAAUAUAUAUAUGUAUAUAUAUAUAUAUAUACACCCCCCCCGGCAACUCCAAAUUUUUGUGCCAACAGAAACUGAAUUCUGUAACCUCUUUAGAGGAAAUGAAUAAUUUAUGCAAAUCUUGCAUAGUUGCUCUUACUUUGCAUAAUUUAUUCUGCUUCUACUAGUUGCGGGGAACAGCAGGAAAUAUUUCAAAAUCCUGCCCCAAGCCAUUGAUACCUUUAUCUGUCUGGCUCCUGAGGUUUCAACAGGUGGUGCUCAUGCACUUCUGAGUGUAUCUUUGCAGUCAAAAGGACUAGAAACUUGCUUUUAAAAAGAAACUAAAAUCCUUAGCAAGCUGGAUUCUGUGCCAAAUAUGACAUUGUGUGUUUUUUCUUUGUUCCCUGAGAAUGCCAGCACAUACUAGCCCUGUUUGUAAUUAUCUGAGAGUAAGGGAAUCACUGGCUUGUGUGGUAGGCCACACUGGUUUACCGACAAAGAACUAAGACAUAGGAGUUAUGAGACUCACUGCCACAGUUGGUAGCAAGGGUUAUGGAGGUUUUUUUUUGCCAUUGAUAGGUUUUUAAGCAGGGAAGUUUGAUGAACAGGUUCUCUAGUAGUAGAUUUCCUGCACUAACAGGGUGUUGGAUUAGAUUACCUUUGAGGAGUCUUCCAACUCCUGUGGAUGUCUGUGCAAUACAGAAAAAAAAUAGCAUUUAAAACAAAUAAUCUCCAAGGAAGCAUACUCACCAAGUUGACCAAACACAACCCACAGCCGCCACAAAACUAGCAAUAGAAUUAACACCAAAACCAAUUACUAAAGACCCAUUAAACAGAGCCGACUUUGUUUGGAAUCUAAUGGUUAACAAAUAAGGUGCCAGGCAGAUCUUUCCUGGGAGGGGAGUUCUUUGACAAGGUUGUGCAUAAAUGGCCCAUUGAAGGUAUAUUUCUUACCUGAACAAUUGUGUGGCGUUUUGCCUGCUAUUUAUUUCAGAGCCAUGUUAGUGCUUCCGAAGCUUUGAUUUGGCAGGCAUAACACACUUGCUCUUUCACUCCUUUGCUUUCAUCACCUUAAUGCUUGGUCAGUUGCAGCCAGCUACGGAAACUGAUGCAUGGGAGAUAGGAGAAUGGCCAGCCGCAUGGAGCCUCUCGCUCGGGGAGUUUGGUACAGCUUGUGUUGCGGUGCCCAGUUUGGUGUGAUCUAAUGUGCCAGGUUGCUUGUGAGUCUUCUCGAGUGCAUUUCUGGAAUAUCCUUCGCCCGAGUCUGCUUUGGGCACAGACACCCCCUGGCUGGCUGUCCUCUCUCUUUGCCUGCUUCUGUUGUGAUCGUGUGGGGUUUGCUGUGGAGCAGGGAGCUGAUAUAUGGCAGAUCCAUUCACACAGUGCUGUACAUCAUCAGCCAACUCUUCUGCAGCUUGAAAAGCAGGGGAUUAGAGGAUUUUUUGCCUCAUUGCCACAGCCUUUUAUGAGAAAUCUUUUAAUUUAUUUAUUCUCUUGAACUACAUGCAGCCUACUUUCCCAUUCUAUUUGCACCCAAGCCCCUCACCCCUACCCUUUGUGGGAAGGUUUGUAGCUCUGGUUUGCAUGCAGAAGGUCCCAGAUUCAUCCCCCAGCAUCUCCAGGUAGGGGGAGAGAGACUUGUGUCUGACACCCUGGAGAUCUGCUGCCCAUCAUUGUCAAGAAAACUAAGCUAGAUAGGCAAAGGCAAAGCUAGAUGGUAUGAGGCAGCUUCCUAAUGUCCUUUGUGUUCACCUCAGUUACUCCACACCUGCUCUCCUCCCUGGGAUGCCUUCUUAACAUAUGUACCCUGUAGUCUGAAGACUCCUGGCAAGCAUGCAAUAUCCUGAAAUCAAGGUUCAAGUAGCUGCAGAACUAACUCCUCGCCGCAAAGGGGAAUUUGGAUAUGUGUUUCUUGAGCAGCUGCCUCUCGCCCUCCCAGUGCUGCCUGGCAAACAGCUUUGGAAAUGAAAACAGAGUAUGUGUUUUGAGACGCGAUGCAGCGAUCUGCCAGUUAAAGUGUCAGGGGGCUGGAUCAAUAAUCCCCGCUAGGUGUGUUCAACCCUUUGGGCUAAAGGAGCUCUUUGGAUGGUAGCAGUGAUUCAGCGACUGGAAUCUGGGGAAGCCAUUGCAACAAGUGCAAUGAUUUCUGCUGACACAGUGGAACUUCCCUUCUCUCUUCGAUACCAGUAGGGGCCUUACGGGCCCUGAUCUUCCUUCAGAGGACAGCUGCUGCUGAGCACAGCUUGCUCAUUCCCUCUGCUUCCAGAGUUGAUUCAUCAGGCUCACUGCUCAGUUCGGCAUUUACUCUUGUCUCUCUUGCAGGCUUAAUUGGUGAUAUCUAUCUCAACAAAACCGCCUUGAGGAACUUCAAGAUUUACAGCCUGGACAUGAAACCCAGCUUCAUAGAAAGGUUUGUGCAGAUACUCAACACCCGCAUACCCCGUUGCCACUACUUGUUUCCCUCUUUCCCUUAUUUACAGCAAAUGCAUUUGGCAGAGGGACAAGACCUAGUUAGCAACUCCACCUGCCAGGCACGGCGGCAUCUGGUCCUGGAGUGAGCUGGCAAAUCAUGACCAGGUAGCUCACGAAAACACACAGAGCACUGCAGCAGCCCUUCCUUAUCGAUGCCUACAUUUCAGGCCUCUUCCGAUUUCUGCUCAAUCCCAGCAGCUCAGCUUUGCUCAGUGGUCCCAUCAAAACUGUUUGGAUGGGUAAAACCAGGGACAUAGUGCUGCUUGUGUGCGCAUGUGAGCCAGGCAUGGGCAGAGUGCACUCUCCCAUAGGUGGGGGUGGAGCGUGCUUGCCCAAUCCUCACCAUUACAAGCAAUAAUAAAAACAAGUUAAAUGAUUACAACUUAAAAACAAAAUUAAAAAAUACAACAUUAAAAUAUUGAAACAUUAAAAUAUUAAAAUGUAGCCUCAUCGCAGAGGGAGAAGGAAAAGAAAAAAGAAAGAGAGGGAGGGAAUCAAAUUGGCUCCAAGCCAAAGGCCAGGCGGAACAACUCUGUCUUACAGGCCCUGCAGAAAGAAAUCAGAUCCUGCAGGGCCCUGGUCUCGUGAGGCAGAGCGUUCCACCAGACUGGAGCCAGAGUUGAAAAGGCCCUGGCUCUGGUUGAAGCCAAUAUAACUUCCUUAGGGCCUGGGACCACAAGGGUGUUGCUAUUUAUGGACCUUGAGGCUCUCCGUGGGGCAUACCGGGAGAGGCGGUCCCGUAGGUACGAGGGUCCUAGGCCGUGAAGGGCUUUAAAGGUCAAAAGCAGCACCUUAAAUCUGACCCUGUACUCCACUGGGAGCCAGUGCAGCUUGAAAAGCACUGGGUGAAUAUGCUCCCAUGGCAGAGACCCCGUGAGGAGUCUCACUGCAGCAUUCUGCACCCGCUGGAGUUUCUGGGACAGCUUCAAGGGCAGCCCCAUGUGGAGCGAAUUACAGUAGUCAAGCCUGGAGAUGACCGUCGCAUGGAUCACUGUGGCCAGGUCGGGGCGGGAAAGGUAAGGGACCAACUGCUUGAUGCGGCGAAGGUGGAAAAAUGUCGCCUUGGCUGUUGCUGUAACUUGCGCCUCCAUGGAAAGGGAGGCGUCAAGGAUUACACCCAAACUCUUAACGGAAGGCAAUGGCACUAAUUGGGCCCCCGCAAGAGAAGGGAGUUGGUCCCUCAUCCCCAUGCCAUCCUGACCCAGCCAUAGGACCUCUGUCUUCGAAGGAUUUAGUUUCAAUCGGCUCCCACGAAACCAUCCAGCCACAGCUUCCAAGCAUCUGGUCAGUGUGUUCGGGGCCGAGUCGGUGUGGCCAUCCAUCAGCAGAUAGAGCUGAGUGUCAUCAGCAUAUUGGUGACAGCCCAGCCCAAAGCUCCGGAUAAUCUGGGCAAGGGGGCGCACAAAGAUGUUAAAAAGCAUCGGGGAGAGAAUUGCGCCCUGCGGCACUCCACACACCAAGGAGUGGCACGGCGACAUUUCCCUCCCUAGUGCCACCCUCUGUCCCCGACCAGAGAUAAAAGAGCACAGCCAGUUACGGGCUAUGCCCUGUAUCCCCACGUCUGCGAGGCGGUGGUCCAGAAGAUCAUGAUCAACCAUGUCAAAGGCUGCUGACAAAUCUAAAAGGAUCACCAGUCCUGACCCGCCUCGAUCCAGCUGUCUACGGAGAUCGUCUGUUAGGGCAACCAGAGCUGUCUCGGUCCCAAAACCAGGACGGAAACCGGACUGAAAUGGAUCUAAAGCCGAUGUUUCCUCCAGAAACCUACCAAGCUGUUCAGCAACCACUCUCUCAAUUACCUUACCCAGAUAUGGAAGAUUUGAAACAGGGCGGUAAUUGGAUAGGUCUAAGGGAUCUAAUGAAGUUUUCUUUAAGAGUGGACAUACCACUGCUUCCUUCAGUCUCCCUGGGAAUGUCCCUGUGUCAAGGGACAAAUUGAUAAUUUCAACCAGGGGGGUCCGCGCAACAUCUGGACACUCCCUAAUCAGCCAAGAUGGGCACGGAUCAAGGAGGCAGGUGGUGGGCCUACUAACUUGGAGGAAUCUAUCCACAUCAGCAGGGAGUAUUCGAUCGAAAUGGUCCAACACUGGACCUGAAGUCAGUCGAGGGGCCUCCAGUUCAGUCACUGUAUCUAAAUUGGCAGGGAGGUCACGGCGGAGCAACAGGACUUUCUCCGCAAAAAAGCUCGCGAAUGCCUCACAGCUGUGGGUCGAAUUUGUGCUUAAAUUUGGUUGUCCUCCUAAGGACGUUAUUGAUCUAAUUAUUCUAAAAAGUUGUGCCGGGCGAGAGCUAGCGGAUGCAGUGGAAGCUGCAAAGUAAGAUUUCUUAGCAGCUUUCAUAGCCAUCUCAUAGGCUUUCAUAAGCGUCCUAUAAGAUGUUCUUGAGGCUCCAUCACGAGUCUGUCGCCAUACUCGCUCUAUCCGUCCGAGAUCCCGCUUCAUUUUCCGGAGCUCCUCAGUAAACCAAGGGGCCCGGUUUCGACGGGGUCACAGAGGGCGCUUAGGCGCGAUCUCAUCAAUGGCUGCCAAGAGCCGGUUAUUCCAGUCCUCAACAAGGUCAUCUAAUGAGUCGCCAGGAGGAGCAGGGUCCCGCAAGGCUUGUCGGAAUCUAUCAGGAUCCAUCAGUUUUCGCGGACGAGCCCAAAUAGGUUCGCCACCCGAGCAGGGGAGGAGCGGGAAGUCAAUCUUGGCUUUCAGAGCAUAGUGAUCAGACCAUGGCACUUCCACAGGGGGGAGCAUGAUCACAUCUAUGCCAGCCCCAAAGAUCAGAUCCAGCGUGUGGCCUGCUUGAUGAGUGGGGCCCAAAACAAACUGGGAGAGCCCUAGUGUUGCCAUGGAAGACACCAGGUCCAGAGCCUGUGAGGAGGGAGUGGCAUCAGCAUGGAUGUUGAAGUCCCCCAAUACCAAUAGGUUAGGGAACUCCAAGUCCCAGCCUGCCACCACCUCCAGCAGGUCUGACAGGGUGGCUGCCGGUGUGCUGGGUGGUCGGUACACCAGCCAGACAGCCAAGCUCUCCUUGGUGCCCCACAGGAGACCAACACAUUCAAUGCCGGAGAUCGCUGGUGAUGGCAGGGCUCUGAAAGAGCAAUCCUCCCGGAUUAACAACGCUACUCCUCCCCCCCAACCCACAGACCGCGAUUGAUGGAGGACAGAGAAACCUGGUGGUGUUAUCUCAUGUAGGGAGACUACUUCGCCUUCCCGUACCCAGGUCUCCGUCACGCAAGCCAGGUCAAUCCCCUGCGAGACAAAAAAGUCACGCAUGGUGGCGGUUUUGUUGCCUAUGGACCUGGCAUUGCACAGCACUAAUGACGGAGGUGGGUAAUCCUUGCUCUCCCUACCCUCAUCCCUUGGGAUGGGGCGUAGAUUGGAAGGGGUUCGAGGAUCACUGCAUCUCGAAACCCUUCGCCGAUAGAGAUUUCUAGCCCCACUGCCAUUCCUCCCUAGCCCUUCAAUAGUGGAAAUCCCAGACCCCAUACUAGCCUCCCCAAUAGAGGGGUAACAUCCCCUCAAUAACAAAUCAUCCUUGGGCCAGGACUCCUGGGUCAAAAUGGUAUGGGGAAGAGGUGGAGGUUUGAUAGGGUAAGUAUCCCUUGAAGAUAAAACCCAACCAACCGCACCCCAAGUGGGGAGGACAGUCUCAUGGUGUUUCGUUAACUGUCAACCCCCCUCUCCCUCCUGGGUUGAUUGGAGGAUUGUUGGUUCUAUCUGUGGCUGUGGGAGUAUUAAUGAGGUAUGUGCUAUAAAAUGUGGAUCACUGGCUAACAAAGAGCCAGCUUCGAAUACGGAAGAUCUGUCCAUCCUGUCUCGCCAGGAGUACAGUAGAGAAGGUUGAUCAUUCUGAUAAGUUUUUGGAACAUUAGGCAAAGGUCCAGAUGUAGAUUUAGUGCUGGAUAUCUCUAGAUUGUCAGCAACAUAGAGUUCUUUAGGUGUUGUUGCCAUAGAAAUGUCGGAGGCGCCAAAUUCCUCAUCUAAUUCGGUAGUAAUGGCACAGGCAGCGGCCAGCAAAGCUGGGCAACAGCAAAUCCUUUUCUGUCACUAGGCUUCCUCUCUCAAACUUUCUGCCUUCCAGAUAGUUUGGACUACAGCUCCCAUCAGUGCCCCCCCCCCGCCAAAUUCUGCCACUAAACCACCUAUUCCAUUUUUUUAAAAGUGUGAUCCCAGGUCAAAGCACAUUUUGCUUUUGUUUUGUAAAUGCAGCUGGUUUCUUGGCUAAAAUCCGAGGGUUGUUUUGGUUGGGAGGGUCUUCCAUUUCUUUUUUGACCCUAAGGAACUUUGGCGACUGAGUCACAAAGCUCUCCAGAAAGAGAUUGUUUCCCUUGCCAGGUUGCAGGUGGUUUAGCUGCACCUCUCUCUUCUUUUUUUCUGCUGUGAAGGCGCUUGCAUUUCCAGGGCCAGCUCCACCAGCCUCCUCUCCCCGAUAGAGUCAUUUGCAGUUACAGGUGUUGACUCUUCGGAAAGGAUAAAAAGAAGGUGGAAAUCUCUUUGUGGGGUGACAGAGCGCGCAGCACUGAACCGUGGUUGUCCUGAGCUUAGCUCAAAUAAUGCCACCGCUGUUCCUGUGACUGUUUCAGGCCAGUAAUUUCCACCGAAUCAAAAGGGGCUUAUCAUCCCACGCAGACUGAUAGCAUCCUCUAGAGAGACUUUGUGACCGUUUAUUGUUUCUGAAAAUCAGUUGCUGGAAGCCACAGGAGGGCAGAGGGCCCUUGUACUCAGAUCUGGUUUGUGGGUUUUCCGCAGCCAUUUGGGUGGCCACUAUGAGAACAGGGUGCUGGACUAGAUGGGCCAUUGGCCUGAUCCAACAGGCUCUUCUUGUGUUCUUCUUGCAUUCCCUUUCUAGUCUUCUUUGAUCCUGCUUUUUCUGGGGAGUCCUGCCUUGUGCACAAUCCAUGGCACCUAGGGCAACGUAUGCAGCAAGCAGGAUCAAGUGGUGAGACUUUUCCCAGAUUCUGGCAUUUUGGGAAGGAAGGAAUGCAUGCCUGAAUAAAGCUCGCUGUGUGCAGAAAAGCAGGCAUUAAACAGGAAGAAUUCAGGCUAGUUGACUCUUUGCUGUACUUAAUUUCUAUGGACAGGAGCAGAGGCGUAGCGGGUGGGGGCCGUGGCCCCGGGCACAAUUUUGAGAGGGGGUGCAAACAGGCGCCCCCACAGCAGGCUCCUUCAUUGGAGCCUGGCUCCACAUCAGAAAGAGCUGUGCCUUGGGAGCGGCAGAGAGCAGCCCUCCUCGGCUGCAGCGGCUCCAUCACCAGGUCAGGUCUGACCCAGCGGCGGAGAGCAGGAGAGUUUGCAAUGCUGCUGCCCACCCUCCUUGGCUGCGAGGCGCCUCGCCCCCGGCCACAGAAGCUCUGCCUCUGCCACCGGCUCAGGCCUGCCCUGGUGGCAGAAAGCAGGGACCUUUAUUGAUAUUUUAAAUGUUUUAUUGCACACAGAGUAUAUCCUUACCACUGUUGUAUUGCAUACAACACAACAGUGUGUAUUGCUUAGUACGUACAGGCUUUACCUUGCUGCCUGGGGCUGGUGAGAGUUGUCGUUCACAGCAUUUGGAGGGCACCAGGUGGGCAAAACCUGGCUUAGCAGAUAAAAAUAAAACAUCAUUGUUUUAAAACACACACACACACACACACACACACACACACCCCUGGUCCUUAGAGAGUUGCACAGGAUCAAUGUUGAAUGUUCUUCCCGGAAAAUAGCUCUUACUCAGAGAAGUCCCACCCACCCACGCAGCAUGUGUGGAUCAUCCUGAACAGAACUCAGGCCCCAGUCAAUUUUCUUCUCUCCAGAACUAUGCUAGAUGAUCCAUUAGCCAUUUAAAACCUGCUUGCUUUGCGGACGUAUAGGGCAGAGGAGCAAUCCCGCUGAGCCAGCGAUCUCACCUCUCACAGAGCAUCUCCCAGUUUGCUGCCGCCGCCGACUUAGCACAUCUGAAAAAAGCCCCUUUAUUGGAUUAGGGCCCUGGAGUUUGUUACAGCGCUGUCGCCUCCGGGCAUGUAAAAGGGGCCUUUUAAUAAGAAAAUAUACACAGCCCCGGGGAGCUGGAAGGGAUUAGAUGGAAUGCGAACUGGCAUUCCCCGUCUCUCCGUAGACGUGCAGUCAUCUCGCCUGCCGUCCUUGAGGUUGGGGUUCCUGGUUGGUGAGAAAAGGGAGGUGGAGUUGCCUAUCUUGAAAGACUGCUCAUCUCAUCUCUUGAGCGGUCACACUGGGGCUGCUCUUGAUAGCAAGGUGGCAACCUGGAGGUGUGAGCCGGAGGGAAUCAGAAAUGGGAAAGGUAAAGAGAAAAAACAAAACCAAACCGGUGAGGGUUUGCUUGUCGCAGGAUAUACGAAUCAGCUGAAUAUUCCUUGUGCAAGGAGGGAUGCAGGCGAUCAUUUUUCAUAGCUGUCCUGCUCUGCCAAUGCAACAGUGCCUAGAAACCCUAACACGGCUAGAUGAGGGCUGAAAGCUGCUGCCUACCUUGGAGGCAGGUGGUGGGGAGUUGCCGCAUCAUGGAAAUGCCAGUUGUUGAAGCCUUCUCCGAAAACUCCCCCCUCCUGCAGCUCUUACUCAGCAAUUAGCCCUCACUGCAACAGAAGGAGCAAAUGGAACCUGCGGCAGGAUGUUGUGGUGUGUUCCAGCCAGCUUUCGAACAGGAGCCUUUUCAUCCUACACACACACAUGAUCUCCAUUCUUGGAGACUUUUUCUGGCUAUGAUGGCGUUGGUGUUAUUUACUAAUUUAAUAGUUGCUGGUUUUUGCCACAGCAGCUCAAAGUGAUUUACAAUAUCUUAAGCAAAAACAAACAAACACAAACAUAUGUUAAAACCAGCAUCAAGAAAACCCUGUAUUAAAGCAUCGCACCCACACAAAACGGCCACAGAUAGUUAAAAGCCAACGGCCUGGUUAAAAGGAAUGUUUCUGCCUGGCACUUAAAGAUAUGUAAUGAUGGUGCCAGGCAAGCCUCCUGAGGAGAGCAUUCCAGAAGCAAGGAGCCACCACUGAAAAGGCCUAGCCUCAUGUUCUCACCCUACAGACUUCUACAGAUGGGGCACACAAAGAAGGGCCCCAGGUGACGAUUGCAGGGUCCAGGUUGCUUGAUAUGGGGAAAGGUGAUUACCUUGAGGUAUUGGUUUUUAAAGGGUUAAAUGACAGGUGAUGGGAAAGGCAUGUACCUAAAUCCUGGGGUGCUGCUGCAAGUCAUAGUGGGCAAGACUGGGCUAUAUGGAAACAUACUUUGACUUGGUAUAAUAAGAAGGUAUCUUUAUGUUGCUAUAAUCCUUGAGGGCUCAUGUUUGACACUGUCCGCCUUGAAUGUGAGCAUUUUAUAUCAGUUGUGGUUGAGGUCCCUUUUCCAUUCUGCCCUCCUGAAAUUUCCUCAUAUAGUACAAGGAAGAGCAAUUUUAACUUUUGAGAACACAUCACCCCCCCAAUUCUUGCUCCCCCAGAUACUUAGCAUAAGCUCUUGGGGGCUUGAGCCAAAUUCUGUUUUUUUUGCUGCUGUGAGCCAAAUGAGAGCCAGUUCACAUAACUGUGGAAAAGUUGAUAUUCUGUGACUUCCUUUUAGUGUGCUGGGGGGUGACUGGGGUAGGGUGAAGAAGAGGAUGUUUGUGACCUUUGAUGUGUGGCUGGAUCUCAGAUUCCCAAAGUGGACUUGAACCAGGAUGCAGCCUCAAAGCAUUCACAAGGCAAAAUUGCCAACCAGUAAGGCUCUCCCGGCAUAAAAACUGGUCCCCAAAAUUCUCUAUCCUGGGAUGCAGCUUCUUCUUUUCUUAUCGUCAUCUGCUUUCUCCCCGCAGCCUACGUGGGACCACUCCUUGGAGCGCCGUCCCUGACAGCGCAAUGGGCCCAGCGUUCUUCCGAGGGACCCUUCAGGUGCAACAUAUGCCUCAGGACACUUUCUUGAAGCUAGAGGUGAGUUGCUGGAUCAGAGGCCUUAAGAAGAGAUGCUGGAGAGAAGGGCCUUUGUUGAUGAGCCGUUGGGCUUCUUUUUAGACAACAGGGUCCUUGGCAGCAAGAAUUGUGUAUCCGCUACAGCUAGAGGUGUGCAGAAUCUGUUCCUUUAUGCCUGCGUGUUUUCGCCUUCCACACUAUCAUCGUAUUGUUGGAAAUCUAUGCAUUUUUUGUGAUGCACAUCCAAGCCAUUGCUGUGCACUGAUUAGAACAUUAUUAGCUGCAGCUGGUUGGAUUGUACACCGUGAGCCUCAUUCAGAGGAACAGACAACUGAAUUUGUUGUGCAUUCCACAUGAAAUCAUCUUGUGAGACGUUCUCACCACCUUUUUUUGAGGGAUGUGGGAGUGAGGUGCAGGGAGAAUCUAGUACAGUAGUACCUCAGGUUAAGUACUUAAUUCGUUCUGGAGGUCUGUUCUUAACCUGAAACUGUUCUUAACCUGAAGCACCACUUUAGCUAAUGGGGCCUCCUGCUGCCGCCACGCCGCUGGAGCACAAUUUCUGUUCUUGUCCUGAAGCAAAGUUCUUAACCUGAAGCACUAUUUCUGGGUUGGUGGAGUCUGUAACCUGAAGCAUAUGUGACCUGAAGCGUAUGUAACCUGAGGUACCACUGUAUUCACAUUCUAAACUCCUUAAGUUGAUAUUUUUGCUCUACAGUAUACUUAACAGAAAAUUGAUCUAGGUUUGAUUUGAUGAUAAAUCUUCUAAAAGCUUCCACUUUUCUAGGACAGUUUCUGAAACAUGUAAAUGCAUUUUUAUUUAUUCUUGCAGCGGGAAUAGGAAAGUGUGGCACCAGUCAUGCCCCAAGUGCUCUUGGUGCUUAGCUGAGUAGGCACCCUUAUAACUAUUUCCUUUUUCCUUUUUCACUUACUUACUGCAUUAAUAUCCCACCUUUCUCUCAUGGAGCUCAAGGUGGCAUACAGGACUCUCCCCAUCCUCAUUUACUACCCACAACAGCCCUGUGAGGUAGGUUAGGCUGAGAAGCAAUGACUGGCCACCCAGUGAGCUUUGUGGCUUAGUGGGGAUUUGAACCCUGGUCUCCCGGGUGCUAGUCUGAUUCCCUAACCACUGCACCACAUUGGCUCUUUUAUGGCAGCAUCAAGUUUGGAGAAGGAGGUGGUGAAAGUUUUCUGCCAUUUCCCCAUAUUUGCCUAGGCCAUCUGUAGAAAUGUUAGCUGCAUUCUAGAAUGUCCACAUAUUCUGUUACUGCACUCCUGACCCAUCUCUGUUUCCUAGGGUUGGAGCAAAGGUGUCGUCUUUGUCAAUGGGCAGAACCUUGGUCGCUACUGGAAAAUUGGUCCUCAAGGGACACUCUACCUCCCAGCCACAUGGCUCCAGCAAGGGCACAAUGAGGUGAGUUGCCCGACUGGUGCCCACAAAGCCUGUAAUAACCUACCUUGGCAAAUACCAGGGGUAGGUCAAACGCCUUGCCCUCCAGAUGAUAUUGGACUGCAGCUCAUAUCAGCCCUACCAAAAUGGCUGAUGGUCAGGUAUCAUGUAUUUGUUUAGCAAUAUUUUGUAUACUGCUUAAUCGAAAAGUAUCUCUAGUAUAGAAUAUAUUCAUUAAAAACAGCAACGAAAGCAGGACUUUAAAACUCGUGGAUAUAGUCAUAGUGAUCAAAGUGCAGAUAAAAUAAAAACAGUUUUAAAGGGGAAGUGUGCAUGAUAAAAAACAGCUCCGAGUUAAGCUCACAUUUUAAAAAAUAUAUCUAUGGCAUGUGAUUAGCAUUUGCGCAAAAGGUUGAUCCUUCGUUGCUGAAGCAGCAGAGGAGCAUGGAAGGCUAGGAGUGGACUCUUAAUUAGGGAAGAAUUAUGAACUCUCUUAGUUCAUGUGGUUGUUUAUGUUUUAUGCUUCUGGGUGUAAAUCUGAGAAAUGUGCCCUAUAACAAAAGGAUGUGUACGAACAACACAAAAGAAAGCUGGUUUCUUUUACUGCAUUUAUAUCCCACACUCCCUGCAAGGAGCUCAAGGUGGUACACAUGGUUCUCCCUCCUCCGUUAUUUGUCCUCACAUCAACCCUUUGAGGGAAGUUAAGCUGCAAGACUAUGACUACGGUCCCUCAGUGAGUUUAAUGGUGGAGUGAAGUUUUGAACCCAGGUUUCAGAGCCUAGGCACCUGAAUUAGAUCUGCAGAAGUACUUUUUCCUUAUGUGUGAUCAAUGCCGUAGAGAAGCCAAUUCCCUCCAGGUUUAUUGCUUCCAGGGCAUGCAUAGAGUUUGCAAGGAAUGAUGGGAGGAGGAGAACGCUGGCCUGUCCACCCUUCACCAUGACUUCACUGUCCCUGAGGAAAAUGUGGGGAAUGUGCUUGUGAAAGUUUAGAAGUACAUGAACCACAUGGAAGUAUUCUAGCUCUUGCUGAUCCCAGCAGAUACGCCUUUCAUUUGUCAGAUGCCAAUGACAACAACUAGUACUUUGUAUGAAUGCAGAGUCAAGAGUAUUCCGUUACUUGUGUCAAACUGUUCCUUUUCUUUCCAUUUCCUUCUCAGAUCAUUAUUUUUGAAGAGCGUGCUGCAGGGCGAAUCAUCCAGUCCACGGACUUGCCUUUCCUCGGACGGAGCCAGUAUGUGGGCUGAACCAGGACAGGGGGUGGGGGGCUUAUCCCUGACUGCUUCACCCCCCACCCCAGCUGGUUCAUUUGAGGGCAUGCGUCUGAAAUGGAUUUGUGGGAGGGAGGCAGGGAGGGCUUGGAUGCAGGGAAGGCUCCACUUCUUCCUCCAAAUCCUUGUGAAAGGUGUGCCCCCCCGUCUCCAUCGAUGAAUUUCCAGGGCGUGGGUGGAGUCUGGUUGCUGAAUGCUCACACUGUCGAUGAAUUUAAGAGGCUGGCUUCAAACACUGGAAGCAGGGAGAAAAUCCAACGUAUCUAGGAGUCCUUCCCUAGAGGAGUUCAGCUCUGCUGCUGGUUCUCUUGCCCUGGCUGGAACAAAAAAUGCGGAGAAUCUCUCUGCGGGAUCAGUGUGCAAGGCCCGUCAAGGAUCCACUGGAUUCAAGACGCUGAUCCACAAACUAUUCGGCUUGAGUUGGACAUCUUUUUGUUCUCUUGGACACCUGCAAGUAGCCGACCUCUCCGCUCGUCUGCUGGGAUUUUCAGACAAUUGAAGACCUCCUUACUGUGAAGAAAAGGGAAUCUUUUUAUUACUAUUCCAUUUUUAGUCUCCCAGUGUGGUCGUUUGGCUGGGUAGGAUGGCGCUGUUCACAAUUUUUGCAUUAGUCUAAGAGUUCCAGCCAAGGCAUCUUUUCUUGUUAACCCGAAAGGCACCCGACUAGUUGCUUUCAGUUUGGUCCUUUAAAUGCCAGCCAUGGGUGGGGAGUCCCGUGAAAGCCAUAUUGAAGUGGGUGAAGGUUCCACAUUCGCAGCAUGCCAUGAACUUGCAUGCUUUCAGUUGCAGUUCGAACAAGAGGGUGCCAAGAACUCUUGCCGCUGGGGACAUGGAGCACCUAACACUAUUGCUGUAACUCCAGGGGCCCCUGCCUAGGUGGAUCCCUGCCAUUGCACUGAGAACCUCCACAGCCCUGCGACAAAUUCCUGCAGCCACUGACAAGCAUGGAUGUGGGUGGGCUUUUCCCCAUGCCCCCAGUUGCUGGCGUCCCUUAGAAACACAGCACCGAGUCAUUGCCAUGGGGCACCCCCCUCACAAUGGUGAAUGUAACGCAAUUGGCAGAUCUUGAAGAGCCCCAAAAGGAGACUGAGGAAAAGAGGAGGGGGAUGUUUUAGCAAAGAGAUGCACUCAGUAAAAUCAAAGUCCGCACAUAUAGUCUUGGGAACUAGUGCAGCGAUCCUGUAGUUUUAGCAUUCUGCGGGUGGGAUUUAUAUCAACUGUUGCUCUCUCUUUAGGCGGCUGUGGGAAACUUUAAGAGCCCAUCUACACACUUCGCCAAACGGUGGUGGUGGAGACUGUACCACUUCAGAAUUCAGGGGUCUGUGUGUGCGUGCCAUAUUUUUUGAACAAUCUCCCUGCAUGUGGUAAACAUGGGCAGCUGGGAGUAGCUAGCUUAACCAUUCUCUCUUUACCAUAUCGCAGACAUUUGCCACGCAGGGAAGCCUUCUGAAAUAUCAACCACCACCACCCUAGACACAGGAUGGAGUGGUGCAGCCUGGAAUUAUACUACCUUGGAUGGUUGGGGAGAAUCUGCGGUCCACCAGACAUGGCUGGACUACAGUUCCCAUCAUCCCUUGCCACAGGGGCCGGUUGGGAGCUCAGCAACGUGCAGAAGGCCGCAGCUUCCCCAUCCCUGUUGCAGUGCAGAAGCUGCAAACAGGGCUGCUUUCUGCAUAGUCCUCAGGGUUGUCUCCUGCAUCAUAAGAGUCAGAGCCUGUGUUUCUCUGCAACCAGAAUACCUCUCUGGCUCCUGUUGGCACCAGUGUGCGGCUCUAGCAGCACUGGACAUCUGGAGAGUCAACUUGAAAGAGCGGGUGCUUCAUCUUUGCAGCACAGUGCCCCCCCCUUGUUUCCAGAUGUUUAGCUUGAGAAGGCAAUGCAAGGGAGAGGCGGACUGCAUUUGCAGCCGGGACACCUGGCAUUUUUGCAUUUUGUAGCUGGAACACUGGCCUUAAAAAAGGGAAGACUCUGAAAAGGUGUAAUGCUUCAUCCACACUCUUUUUUGGAGGCCUGCUUCUCUCCCCACCCUUUUCAAAAACCGCCCCAAAGCUUCUCAGUUUCAUCUUUCAUGGUUCAUAAUCAAACACUGCAGCAACCGCAACCAGGAACCCGUAUUAGUGACCGUUUGGGGAGUAUUCCCUUCUGCUCGGAUGACAUCUCUUGCUGGUAGCUUGCAACAGACUGCAUUUUCCAAGCUGCCUCUCCCCUGCUCCAAAUUGGAAAAAAAAGAGGAGGGAAUUUGGCACCCAACCUCCCAGAUGCUGCUUAAGAAAAAAUGGGAUUUGGCACCCGGUCUCCCAGCUGCUGGUUGGGUCAGGCCAUUUCAGGAAGCCAUUUAACCACAGCCCCCUGGCUCCGCUUCCCUUCCUAAGCAUUGCCUCCCCAGCGACCGCAGGCGUGAGAGAUUUCAAGGGGCUUCUGGCUGUUAAAAACCAUAUUUAAUUUUAUUUAAGAAAUUAAAUACAGUUGGAUUAAAAUUUGAACAGACAGUGCACCUGUAAAAAAAAAGAAAAGAAAAAAAGAAGAAGAACAAAACCAAACCCAGCAUCCUCCAUCUGGACCUCUUGCUGCUCACUCAAAGCACCAGCCACCAUCCCAGCUCUCAGAGCCAACGUGCCCCUGUUUUUGCAUCCGUGUCCAAGGCCCGAGCCCCCGCUGUCAACAAAGAGCAACUUUGCAAGAAACAAGCAAAAAGGAUGGGAGUUCCUUGGGAUGCAUCCUGUUGAUUCCUUUAUUUAUUUUCUCCAUGAUUUGCUGCAGCCUGGCAGGGUUAUUGUUUUGCCGUAAAUAAAACAGACACAUGCAAAUAGGAGAGGACAGCCAUUGGAAACAACUCCUGCGUUGUAAAAUCUAAAAUCUGGUGGGGGUUUUUUUUUUAAAAAAAAUUAAGCAAAAUGCCUCUCAAUUCCUCCCCACCCACCUUUUGUAAGCUAGAUCUGGGCUGUGUUUUAAUUUUAUGAAGGCUAGGGGCUCCUCGUCGCAGAGGGGAAGCCUACAUGAGCAGUUCUGCUGGACGUUCAGAUUUCGCAACUGUUGAGUUCUGGAUUUUAGUAAAAUAAAAUUUUUUAAAAGGCAGAGUUUUUCAUAGUUGGAAACAAAAGAGCCUUCUUGGUUUAAAGGCUUGUUUGUUGUUUCACCCCCCCCCCAGUUGAUUGUUUUUGAUAAAUAGUGCCAUAAAUGGAAAAAAACACCCUAAACUUGCCUUUUCAUUUAUUAUUAUUUUAAAUAUAAGGAACUGUAUAGAGAUCUGUCAUUAGUCCAAAGAGCGGUUUGAUUCCACAUUGUCUAUGCAUCUUAGCUAAUUAGGGUUAAGGGUUUUAAAAAGUGCAUUUUCCUGUACAGUGUUAUUUUCCUUUAGGUGGCAGAGAUACCAUUGUGCUUUUGAAAUAGAUCAAAUACCAUCACAAAAUAUCAUUUUGAUAUUUUUUUUUAAAAAAAAAGGAAAGUGAAGAGACAGCGAGGGCACCUUGUAUGUGAAUGUAUUUAUGAAGAAAAUUGGAAGGGGCAGGCAGAAUGGGUGGAUCUUUCUUUGGUCUUUUACAUUUUCAGGGGAUUAACACAGUCUGUAUCCACAGGGCAAUGCAUUUCAGCCACAGAUAACUUUCCAUACAGUCCCUCCUACUCUCAUCACCCAACUCUUCCCCACCCCAUAGUAUGGAUGGCUAUUUGACCAUCCAUAAAUAGGGCUACACCGAGUCAUGGGAAUCUGCCUCUGUAAUUCAGGAAGUGGAACUCUUAGCACCAAUACGAACUGCCUGUAGACCAUUUGGUCAAGUUGUUCCUGGACUGUGCCACUUUAGAAAGCAGGUGCAGAAAUCUGGUUGUCGUUCCCACAUAACAGCCAUACAGAUAUUCCCCAAAUACACUCCACGUAGAAAACCAGAUGUUCAGGAAGAAGCCAGUUUUCUUUGCGCAGGGGUUUUGUGUGUGUUUGGUGGCUGAGCCCUACCUCAUUUUCAAUUUGACAUGGUCUAUAGUCCAGGGCCAUGGGCUCUGCUGUGUUUGGAGUCCAGCACUCGCUGCUGAUCUUUGGCCAAUGCAGGAGCAAUGUUGAACUGGCUUCAUCUGAGCAGAUUCAAAGAGAGGCAUAGUCAGAGGAUAAACCUGUUGUGUUCCCCCCACUUUUUAUGACUUGUUUCUCUCGAAAAGCAAUAGUUGCACAUAAGUAAAAACUUGCAUUUUAUUUGCUCCCCAAAUCAGCCCACCACCCCAGUGCAGAUCAGAACACCCCUGACUUGUCAGUACAUUUCCAUGAUUCUUGAUUCACUCUGACCUUGUGACACUGGCUCCAACAGGCAGAAUAAAGAGACCCAAGGAACAAAAAAACCUGCCACUCAUUUCUCACAUUAAUUGUUUGAGGAUUCUGCUGGCCUUUGCGGCAUGAAAUUUAGAAACAAAUUAAGAAAGGUAAUUGUUUUUCGGUAGACCAACCAGCUGAUCUGUCUUAAAAAUAAAGCGCCGUACUUCUAACUCUCAUUGUAUGAGAUAGGCAAAGGAACACCUAUCUCCACUGAGAUUUGGCCAACUUUCCUUCAUAUAAGGGCCACACAGAAAUGUAUCCUGCUUAAGCAAAAGCAAGACUGUGCUGCAAAAAUGCCCAUUUUUGAACAAUGGUAACAAGUACGUUUUGAAAUGGAGUGGUCUACAUUAGUGCCACAGGGCACCACAGUCUGAUGUUUGUUCUUGCCUAUUUCCAGAGCAUUUAAAAAAUGCUUUGAUCUAUGGAACUCUGUACUGUAGCACUUCAGUAUAGAAGUAUGUUGGUAUGGUUGAGCAGUCCUCUACAUAAUACUGUCCCCGCAUGUAGGACAUUAAACACAUGAGAUAAAAAUUCAGUGUUGCCGACUCCCCAAUGUGCCAGCUUGCCAAAUGCAGGGAGGUUUUUGUUUUGUAUUGUUUUGUUUAGGGUCCCACACCUCUAAAUCUGAAGUGGUACAGACCUAAGUUGGCUUGCCUUGAAAGGUGUUUGCACCAAUCCACCACCACAAAACAUGCAUAUUUGCAUUGAAGUUGUCAGGAUUAACAAACUAAAUAUUUGCCAUUGGCCUGUGUCUUCCUGGCCCUCAUUUGCCUUUUGACUUGAUGACCAACAUAUACAGGCCAGAAAUCCAGCGGCAAGUUGGUCCAAAGGGUUAUGUGAUCAUUGUGCAAUGCCCAGAACAUAAAUACAGGUUUCCUUUUGUCUAAUCAAAUGAGGGGUGAGCUGAAAUAGCCUCCCCAAUCUGCCACCCCUGUUCACAAGGUCAGCCAGUUCAGUGGUUUUCAAAGCAUCACACAUGGCUUUGGGCAGCAUUGACGGAUGCCCAUUGAGACAGGGAGGACAGCAGGGAGGCCAGCAAUAAGUGGAGCCAGAGUCAUUGUCAGGCAGAGCCCUCCCCCCUUCGGCUGCCUGUGGGCAGACAUGUUGGUAGGACAGUGACUCAUUUCUCCAAAUGGAGUAGCUUCAACUUCACAAAGUUGGAAAACAGACUGGAGGAUGCACCCAAAAUCAGUGCCAUUAUGUUCUGAAGACCCUUGGCAAGAAACUAGUGAUAUGAAGAAACCUUCUCCAUUUUUCUCUCUACACCCUAGAAAGUUACAAGCAGGAUCAAAACUAUUUUCAGCCCAUUGCUGGGAAAUAUCUUCUACUGUACGGUUUGUUGCUGGGGACGUGGUGGUGGUGAUCAGCUCACAAGCCUUAUCCUAACCCGCUUGAGGUUGACACGAAUAUGGGGAAAACUUGAUGCCUUGAGCGAUGUGUGCAGUGAGAUAGACCCAGCUUAGAAGGGUCAGGCAAAUGAUCCACAAAGGAAGUCUGUCAGAGAUGCCUUGAUCUAGGUCAGUGGUUUCCAAUUAGGGGCUCAGGGGUCCAUGGAACGCACCCAGGGGGUCCGUGGCCGCGGCCUCAUCCCUUGCCCCCCUCAACUAAAUUUAUGUUGUUUUUGCAUGGCAAUACCACAAAUUUUAUGGUCUGUUUUAGAGCCGUGGGAUUUUUCAAUAUAUUGGCCAAAAUCCAUUUUGAAAUAACACCGCGGUAACAAUUUUCGCCCGGAAAUAUGCAGGAAUAUAUCACUCCUCGCGUUAGGGAGAGCAGGGCAACCAACUUCAAAGCACUGCCAAUAUCGCACAAUGAUCUCAGCUGAUAACACUGCUGAUCUGAGCUGCCUUCCCUCACACUGAGGGAAAACGGGGCAGUGGAUUGCGAGGCGCUGCUUUCCCCAUAUGUUUACCGGACAGCUGCUCACCCUCCCUUCAAGGCACCGUGGCACUACCUUCCCCUGGCAAUUAGGUGGAGCAGCUUUUCUCAGUCAGCAGGAAAACAGCAGCAGCCACAGUGGAUGUGCAUCUUCGCUGGUGCCACUGCUGGUGCCACCCCCAUCCUCAAUCCCUCCCCCCAAGCCAUGUGGUAGAGGUGACUCUGCUUCCUCUCCUCCCCCCAUCUGAUCUCUGUGACUGCUCCUUCCCUCAUCCCCAUGCCUGAUCUCCAAUUUCAGAUAUCAUGAUAUAUCAGAAUAUUGCAAUGCUUAGCUGCUGAUAUAUUACAACGUUGAAAAACGGAUAUCUCUUAGCUCUAGCGUGUUUCUUAGUAUAACUAAAAUCCUCUGCACAUUUUGUUCAAGAAAUUGCUUUGGAGAAGUAACUACCACAGAGUUAUCAAAAUUUUCAAAAGUAGGGGGUCCAUGGCUUGGCUUUUGAAAAAUAAGGGGUCCUCAGUAAUUAGCUAAUUGGGAAGCACUGAUCUAGGUUGUGUAGCAUUAGCCAGGACUGGGGGCGGGGGGCGGGGGGCGAGGACACAACCUCUUCAGUCCUCUUGGAGCAGGGGAGAGAGGUACGAAUUGCAGGAAAGGGGCCCAGAUGGUUAUUUGCUAGUUUAAAACUAGCGUUCUUUUUUUCUACUUCCCUUUUCCCCACAUCAUGGCCAAACGCUGCCAUCUUUUACAGAAUAAUAAAUAUAAUUUAAGAGCAAAGGUGCCACUGCCAAAGGCAGUGUUCCUCUCAAAGUAGAGAUCUGUUUUCCCUGGUUGUGCCCAAGUAUGUAGUUCAUGCCUGCUAGGAUGGGGACGGGAGAGAGGAAUCCAUCAAGGGUGAAAAUUGCAACCAUUGUCCUUAUCAGUAUCCGUUGGAAGUCCACCCAUUGGUCUGAUCCUUGACUCCUGAAGGGAGCUUCCCGGGCAGGCAUUCUUUUGCCUUCAUCGUCCUUGCCUUCCAUCCGCACAACCUGCGAGGCUCUGCACUUUGGACCAAAAGUGAUGCCAACUCCAUGACUUCUGUGCUUUUUCUUUAAAACAAAAAAACAAAAACAAAACUGCUUUGUCUCCAGAGGGUCAGUUGUGUUGUUUUCCUUCUUCAUUCAAGAGUCUACGAGGAAGUUCAGGUAAGUCUGAGCAGUUUCGGUCAGUUUGAGAGUAACUGAGCUGAAUAGCCAGUCUAUUCGACAUAUCCAGGCUGUUCUUGGAGGCUGGCUGGCUGGCUGGCUCAGGGACUUCGCGAGAGGGAAGAGGCUGCAGAUUAAAACAUCAGCUUGAAUGUCACAGAUUUGCCUCUCAAGGGCAAGAUGCUGUUCUUUUGCUUCUGACCAAACCUUAUAUUUAAGUAUUAUUUUAUCAAGUCUUUGGCUAGAAUGACACCUCAACCGAACCUUGAUGUUUCUAAAUGAAAAUGGGAGCUUUUUGCCAUAUUCUAACAAUUCGUACCACCAUAAUGCCACAAUGGUAUGCAUUUCCUUCCCCGCCCUCACCAACCAGCAAAUGGGAAAACACAUCACUGUGGCCGAAUGACACCAUAUAUAUAUUUAUGUUUUUAAAAAUGUGUACCCUGCUUUCCCCCAUGUGUCUCAAAGCAGCUUGCAGGGUGAAAAACACACCUUUUUAAAACUAAGUUGUGCUAAACAUUACAAAGGAGAUGGUGAAACUGAGACCCACAGCUAAUGGUUUGUGAAUGUAGGAAUUCUAAAAAAUGAUACCUGCUAUUUGUUUUCUCUCUUUUUGCAACACAAUGUCAGAUUUCCACGUUUGGAUCUGUGA